AUGGAAGAGGAGCUGAAAUGUCCCGUGUGCGGCUCACUGUUCCGGGAGCCCAUCAUCUUGCCCUGCUCGCACAAUGUCUGCCUGCCUUGCGCCCGAACCAUCGCCGUGCAGACGCCGGAGACCGAGCAACACCUGCCCGCCAUGCUGCACCCCCGGGGCCCUGCGGCAGCGCCGGGAGCCGGGGCCGGAGCCUCCGGACCAGCCUCUCUCGACUACGACUGCGGGGCCGGAGGGGGCAGCGGAGCAGGCGGAGGGGGCGGCGGCGGCGGCGGCGUGGAUCAUGCGGACAAGCUGAGCCUGCACAGCGAGACCGACAGCGGCUACGGCUCCUACACCCCGAGCCUUAAGUCUCCCAAUGGGGUGCGGGUUCUGCCCCUGGUGCCACCUCCUCCGGGCUCCUCGGCGGCGGCAGCCCCUCGGGGUGGAGGCACCAGCUCCUCGCUGACCUGCCCGCAAUGCCACCGCAGCGCCUCGCUGGACCAUCGCGGCCUACGCGGCUUCCAGCGCAACCGGCUCCUGGAGGCCAUCGUGCAGCGCUACCAGCAGGGCCGGGCCGCCGCCUCGGCCGCCGCCAAGUGCCAGCUGUGCGACCGCAGCCCCCCCGAGCCGGCCGCCGUGAUGUGCGAGCAAUGCGAGGUGCUCUACUGCGCCUCUUGCCAGGUCAAGUGCCACCCGUCCCGGGGGCCCUUUGCCAAGCACCGCUUGGUCCCUCCGCCCAGCCAGCAGGGAGCCCCGAGCGGAGCGAGCGGCGGAGCAGCUGGUGGAGGCGGCGGGGGUAGCAAAGCGCCCGGGGCUGCGCGCAAGCCCCCGACCUGCGCGGAUCACGAGCUGGAGAACUACAGCAUGUACUGCGUGACCUGCCGGACUCCCGUCUGCUACCAGUGCCUGGAAGAAGGCAAGCACACCAAGCACGAGGUGAAGGCCUUGGGGGCCAUGUGGAAGCAGCACAAGGUAAGGCAAGGAGAGGUCCUGAUCUUUGCUCUACAGCUCGCUCGCCUGCACCGCCUGCUGGCAAAGGCUGGAGCGUGUCACGCCAGAUCACAACCGGCCAUUGACUCCCGGUUCUUUCGUAAGGAGCCAUUACCGCCCUCUAGAACUGAACUAGCAAUCGCUACAGCAGAUGAGAAUCCCAACGCUAUAGAUAAAUUGGCACUGAAAGAGUGGUGAAGGCCCACCCUAUAAAUCACUUUCAGCAGGUAUUUAUUUCACCCCUAGGUGGAAUUUUUUUUUUGAAUGCCAGUAAUGUACAUGUACAGGUUUUAAACAAAAGGGUCCCGUCUUUCCCAACACCAUUGAGUAAACCCAACCCUAGGGAGCAGGGUCACUGCAGCACAACAUGUCUUGAGUCCUGGCUGAAUAGAGCUCUGCUACUUCUUCUUCUAGAAAUUUGCUGCUGUUCUGUAUAAUGGUCCGAAUUGCUGUAUGAACCAGCUCUUAAAGUGUAUUGAGGGACAGCUGAACUACAUGAAGUGAACUUUGAGUGCAUCCCAAGAUCUCCUCCAAGGUUCUUCCCAAAGCAUUACAGUACAAUAUUUUUUUUUAAAGUUGCACAGUUCUGUACUAUUGCCAUUGUAUUUACCAUUCUAACAACCCUUUCUCCCAUUCUAAAGAUGAAGAACAAUGGGCAAAGAAAGGUAGGAAACCUGUAGAUGUCCAGAUGUUGUUGGACUCCCAUCAGCUCUGGUCAGCAUAGCAAAAAGCCAUGGAUGGUUAUUAUUGUUUAUUAUAUUUAUUUAUUUACUAAAUUUGUAUACCACCCUUCAUCUUUUUUUGGAUCACUCACAACAAGAAAAAAAAAAUCAAAACCCCACAAAAUACAUAAUAAAAACAAGAACAAGAAUAAACCAAUAACCCUUGUCCCCUUCCCACCCGCUCCCACAACACAUUUAAAAGGGUAUCAGAUCUAAUCAGCCAACGGCCUGGUUGAAGAGAAUGGGAGUCCAUGAUGGGGCUAAUGGAUAGUGACUUCCUCAAGGCCACCUUGGUGAGAGACAAAUAACAUUAUAUUAGAGAUACCUGACUAGACCCCUCUUACUAAUCUGCUGUGCAACUUGCCUGUGCUUUCCACUCUCGGGAAACUUCUACUAAUAGCUUUAUAAACCACUUUGCAGCAGCAGAAUAGUUCAGAGUGACCAUCCUGAAACAACUAAGUGUUAUAGUAGGAAUGUAUUCAUUGUAAUUUGGUUUUUGGGGGAUGUUUGCUAAGAAAAGCAAUAGGUGUUUAUUCAGAGUGAGGGAAGAGAAUAUGGAAAAUUUCCUUGUAGGUUUCCGGCAACAUUUUUUAAAAAAAACAACAACAACACAGUUAAUGCAAUUUUUGUUCACACAUCACUACUCUGGAUUUCAUUUCCAUUCUACAAGUCUGUUGAAAAACCAAGCUGUAUUAAAGUUGCAGGAUAAAAUGUUAUUUUCUUGGCUCUUAAAUUAUGGGAAUAAAGAAUCCUAGGUAAGUGAAUAAGCGUAAUCAAGUAUUCCCUUCUGCUUUGUUAUUUUUAUUUACUAUUUACUACGCAUUCAACUAUUAGCCAUUCAAUAAAAUUUUAGGGUUUAAACCAAUUCAUUUCAGUUUUGAUAUCACAGGACAUAGAUUUCAUAGAUAAGAGCAUGGCAUUUGUAUUAUUUCUAUUAAAUACAGUUGUAUUUUCUUUACUUUUGAGUAGAACAUGAAGCUCUUCAGAUUGAGCUGAAAGCCAAUUAUGUCCAUUCAUCCUUGCUGAAAAUAAAGGCCUACAAAGUAUUUAUUGCUUAUUCACAUUGCACUUGGGUGAAGCGCUUUCUGUUAUUAAAUUAUGCAUACAUUAUACAUUUAUACAUCAGAGCUCUCAGGGAACUGUGACAGUUAUGUUCCUGUGGGAUGGCUUGAAUGCUGCUACUCUAUUCUUUUCUCUCAUGUGGUAACAUUGGGCAGGGAGAUUUUUAUUUAGUUGCAUUCAAAAAUACAUCUGCUUCAUAUAUUCUGAGGUGAUUCAGUCCCCUGAGGAUUGUGGCAUAUGACCUUCCCAAAUGUUUGAAUCAAUUUCUUAAAUGAAUUAAGUAGGAACUCCAGUAGUGAGUGAAGAUUUCUGGCUCAUGUAGCUCAGUACUCAACAACACCCACUGACUAUUUUUUCUACCCAGUUGGUUGACCUCUUUACAGCAACCACUUGCGCUGCUGAAGAAGCAGAGGCAGCUGCUUUUCAGUUUAUAUUAUAAGACUGGAACUAUUCCUCUUCAGAAACUGAAGGACUUAUCUGGCUCUUUCAACAUUUGCCUCUGUUAUUUUUAGUAUGAUCUUGGGGAUCACCAGGAAGCACUGGGGCCAUGCCGUAGUUAAAGAACCCCUGAUCUUCUCUGACUUGGUCUUCCUGGUCAGAAUCCACUGUACCCCAAAACUCUUAACUGCAUAGUCUACAUUAUUCAGACUACAGUGUGCAAAAGUGGAUGGGAGGCUACAUAGCCAGGGUGCCUGUGGGGCAAGGUAUUUGUUCAAUAAAUUGGAACAGUCAAAAUAAUUUCCCUUGAUCGUUUAGACUGCCCACCUACUAUUUAAAUCUUCAUAGGCAAACUGGAGCUAUUUUGAACUGCACCAUGUGGAGACAUUGCACUAGAUCUGCUUGCUAAAUGGCUCCCCAGAUUAUUCAAAAGAUGAUUUAAGCAUGACAAAAAGGCUGGCUUCCUAGACAUAUGGGCAGGAGGAGGAAUCAGUUUGCAAAAUAGUUGCAAGUAGCAUAUGCUCAUGAUGGGUGAACGCACUCUACCUCCUCCCACAGCCUUAUCCAUGCAGGAACUCAUAAAACCUGAUGAAAUGUGCAGUCCAAUUCAGCCCAUGGCACUUUGAUUUAUGAUUUAGCCACUAUUAUGGGGCUCAGGAGGCUGUAAAUUACGGAGAAUUGCAGCAUGCAAAUAUCCUGCUGCAGCCAGUUUUAAAUAUGUGGCUUUAACAUGCUAUUCGCUUGGAAGAGAACAGUCAGUGAGGAUGUUGGCUCCCUGACGUCACAUUUACAUCCUGCCAAGGAUAUUGCACUAGGAUAAUUAACACUUAUAGGAGCACAAGAUAAUCACUAUUAUCACAAAAAUUAGUUAAUUGUGUGCUUAUUUUCUUUCCAGUAUUUACAACAAAAAGGAUGAAACAGCAUUAGGGGAAACCUGAUGCAAAGAGAAAUAAAAACACUGUACCUACAAGUUACAAGUUACACUGUCUUCGUGCUCAUAGUUUUAGAAUUAAGUUGAGUGAUUAUUUGAAAUGGUGCAUUGAUCAAUAAAGCAUUUCAUCCCACAUCUUUGAAAAAACUGUUCUUAUCAAUUGUUACGCAAGGUGUAAUUUAAGUUGUUGGUGACUCCUCCCAAAUGCUUCUUUUUUAUUGUGUGUACCGUGUUGCAGCUGGCCAAGACACCAACACCGCUGCCUUUUUGGUGCCAGAUUAAGACUUGUCUGUUCAUCCAGGCCUUUUAAGAUUUGGUUUUAAGUUCCUGUGUUAUGGUUAGCAGUUUUGAUGAGUUGGUUUGAUGGUUGUUUUAGUUCUGUAUUGUAUACAGUGGUGCCCCACAAGACGAAUGCCUCGCAAGAUGAAAAACUCGCUAGACGAAAGGGUUUUGCGUUUUUUGAGUCGUUCCGCAAGACGAAUUUCCCUAUGGGCUUGCUUCGCAAGACAAAACGUCUUGCAAGUUCUUGCGAGUUUGUUUCCUUUUUCUUAAAGCCGCUAAGCCACUAAGCCGUUAAUAGCCGCUAAGCCGCUAAGCCGUUAAUAGCCGCUAAGCCGCUAAUAGCUGCUAAGCCGCUAAUAGCCGUGCUUCGCAAGACGAAAAAACCGCAAGACGAAGAGACUCGCGGAACGGAUUAAUUUCGUCUUGCGAGGCACCACUGUAUAGUACAGUGGUACCUCAGGUUAAGUACUUAAUUCGUUCCGGAGGUCCGUUCUUAACCUGAAACUGUUCUUAACCUGAAGCACCACUUUAGCUAAUGGGGCCUUCCGCUGCCGCUGCACUGGCAGAGCAUGAUUUCUGUUUUCUCAUCCUGAAGCAAAGUUCUUAACCUGAGGUACUAUUUCUGGGUUAGCAGAGUCUGUAACCUGAAGCGUAUGUAACCUGAAGCGUAUGUAACCCAAGGUACCACUGUAUUUUAUUGUGCUGGUUUUGAUAAUAGGGACCAGAUUCAACUAAGCAGUUGCACUAGCAGGAGCCAAAGCAAGGAGUCCUGCCAGGGCAACUGGGGCUUUCUGUCCUCUUCUCCCACCUGCUCCCUUGUGCCCCCCAGUUGGUUAUGGGAAGGUCGAGAGAACCCCCAGUACAUUGCACAGGGGAAGGGAAAGAGGAGAUGGUUUAGUAGGACAAGCAGAAAUACUUGCACUGAUUGAAUGGUUGUAAUAACACAAUGUUGAAUUCCACCUUGGGGUUUUGUGCUGGUUGUUUCAAGUUUAUUGGCAUCUCCAGGUCAGUGUAGCAUACAUUAAUGAACUAGAUGAGCAGACAGUAGAAGGCUCCUUUCUUUGUUCCAGUCACUUGUGCAGUUUGGUGGAGAACAAAUGCAUUUGUUCAUGUUCCUUUUUAGACCUGGGGAAAUUAGGACUUUCCCCCCUCUUCUCAUGAAAUAAGGAGUGCUAUCCCUAGAAAAAUGGAUGAGGAUGGGGAUACAUUGUAUAGCAGAAAAUACCAAACAAUAGCAAAUACAUCUGGGUGUGUGCAGUUUUCCCACAUACAUAUGUAUAUACAGUGGUAGCUCGGGUUACAGACGCUUCAGGUUACAGAUACUUCAGGUUACAGACUCCGCUAACCCAGAAAUAGUACCUCGGGUUAAGAACUUUGCUUCAGGAUGAGAACAGAAAUAACGUGGCAGCGGUGCAGCGGCAGCAGGAGGCCCCAUUAGCUAAAGUGGUACCUCAUGUUAAGAACAGUUUCAGGUUAAGGACAGACCUCCAGAACGAAUUAAGUUCUUAACCAGAGGUACCACUGUACAACAAGAAGGCAGCAUCUAAUUAAAAGUUAAGAAGCUGGUCCAGUAAAAAUGUUGGUCUAAUAAAAGUCAAAUAAAAGUGCAAAUACCGAUUUAAUUAUAACCCAAUGUUUUUUGAGCUCUUGAGAGUAGUAGUUUGAGAGAAGUAAGCAGUAUUAGAACCUUAGUUAUAUAAGCUAGACACCAAAUGUCUCCUUAAACCAGGGUUACCGUCACCAACACAGAACACCUAGUUGCCAAUUUUGGGGCCAGAUGACUCAAAAGUUAUAUCAAUGCAACGUUUUAGUUUCUGGAAUUCAUUCUGAUUGUGCAGAUAAAAUAUAACAGAUAGAAUUCCACAGGAUGUGUUGCUAAUAUGUGAAAACAGUCAAGAUCCCAGGAUCCCCAGGCAUGCACCUCCAGAUGGUGGAGACAUCAGGCGCCAUCCUGGCACCCAGACAUCUUCACUUUGUCACAGGUGACUGAUAGCCAGGAGCAAAAUGUGCCUGGCACCCAGCGAACUUCUAAUGCUGCAUCAUUGGCUGCAUACCCACAACUUAACCCAGUAAAUCGUAUUCAGUCAUUGAAUAGUGUUAAUGGAGGAGUAGAUUUCCCCAGAAUUCAGUCCAGGAGUAUCAGGUUAAGGGGAAGUGCACGUGCACAGAACUGGGGAGAGGAACUGCCUGAGGAAUUGCCAUAGAACUAAGUAGUUACUGGUUAUUGGCAGGAUUUGCUCUGGACAGACAAUGGGAUGUCACGUCUUCAUGCCUUGCUUGUGAGUUUAAUCAUCCUAGAAGCUUCUGUUGGAAGCAAAAUGCUGGAAUAGUUGGAAGCUGGGCUGAUCCAAAGCAGCUCUCAUGGGAGGAAUUGCAUUUGGAUGGGGCUACCCAUUUCCGUUUGUGAACCAGCCCUCCGUGGGCUUAGGAAUUAAUCUCUCUGUUUUAGAAUGUGGGCCUCCAAAGUCCUGAAACUUCCCAUUCUCAGCGAUUUGUAAGCUUCAGUCAGCAACCAGAUCAGGUGAGGGAAGAUCAAUAUUAAUCUGCUGUUGCUAUUACAUACAGAAUAAACAAUGAACUUUUAUCUGAGAAGGAAUAGUAGGAUUAAUGCUUAUUUGUAAAAUCAAUAAGGAACCUGUCCUUGUAUGCUAUACUAUUGACAGAUUCUGGGACAAGUGGUUAAGAAAAAUCUUGGGAAAAUAGCCAGAGUCAGGAAUUCUUAAUGGCUUUAGUCAAUGGCAUUUACAACAUGGGGCAAUUUAGCUUCUUUCCAUUAUUGUGAAGGAACUUGUGGGCUGCAUGAUAGUUUACAAGGGUUUGGAUAGCCUUUAGUGUGGAGGCAUCUACCCUUUGGAACUCCCUGUGCAUCAGGCGGGUGUCAUCUCCAUUGCAUUUUUGUAGCCUGCCAAAGGUUUUCCUCUUGCAACAUGCCUUUUAAAACCUUUAUUCUAGUUUGUAUCUCUCCUGGAUUUGAAUUGAUUUGAUGUUUGCACGUGUUGUUGCUGUUGUUAACUUUUUUUUCCCCUGGAGAUGGAUGCAAGCAAGAGGCUGGGCAGCUGAAGCAUGCAGGCAGGUGGCCCCGGUCAACAAGUGGAAAGUUUGGCAAGGUCUAGAGAUGGAAUCGCUUUGGCGAGUUGUAAAGGGAGGCUUAGCUUUGGCAAGGCUUACAGGGAGUGGGAGUGAUGUCUUUAGAGAUGGGUAAGGAGGGGAGUGGUGACUAUGGUGAGUAAAAGGUGGCUUUGGAGAUGAGGGAAGGAACUAGGGCAGGGUAGCAGUGAGGUUUGGGUUAUGCAGGUGCACCAGCAGGCAUGCUGGAUCGAUAUCAGCUGUUCUGCCAGGGGACUUUUGCAGUCCCAACCUUGCCGUCACCCUGCCCUGCCCCAGCCACAUCUAGAUAAGCAGCAGUGACACCGGUGUCAGAAGGGUGGCUCAGCAGCUCCACCCCACUCCACUACUGAGUCCAGAUUAGUGCUUUUCUCAUGAGAAAGCAAGUCAGUACAGAUUAAUAAUCCCAUAUGUUAUAAUCCUGAAAGGAAAAACAACAGUUUGCAAAAUUCUGUUAAGAAUGACUCUGAACAUACAAUUUUGUGCAGUUGGAAGUAAGUCCUACUGUGUAUAGCAGAGCUGCUUCCCGGGUACUUGUGCACAGGAUCACAGCCUAAGCAUGUAAAGAGAGCCCUUUAGAGUGACUAGAGGACCAAAAGAGUUCAUAAUGAAAGGAGCUGAAAAGAGUGAAAAGAGUUCAUAAAGGCAAUCUGUCUUGAUUAGACACAUAACUUGCUCACUACUUUAAGGGGUUCAUUUUCUCUCUCCUAUAAAUAAAAACCUAAUGAUAGCAAGCACUAAAAUGUUAGAUAAAGUAACUGUUUUAGGAAUAACCUGUAAAGAAUAAAGAUUAUCUGUUUUAUACUUGGCGUCACUGGACUUUUCCCCCCUUACAGGCACAACUGUCUCAGGCUUUAAAUGGCAUUUCAGAUAAAGCAAAGGAAGCAAAGGAAUUUCUGGUUCAGCUGAAAAAUAUACUACAGCAGAUACAGGUAAUAAUUACAGAAUUCUAGCUGUUUUGGAUUUCAUAUCAAACUGCAGUAACUAAACAGGCAGAUAUUAAACAUGUUUUGUAGUUUUUGUUUUAUUUUAAUAGGACUAUAUGGCUAACUGUGUCGCAAUCCAGCACAACACCUAACUCUGUGCUAGGUUGUGUCCCAAAUGCAUUGAUAGAACGAAUUAUAGCGAUCACCAUUUAAACAGAUUGUAAUGAUAAUCAAUUCAAGCUUCCAAUGAACAUCAGUACUGACAAUCCUAUAGCACCUACAGUAUUGGUAUUUAGGUACCUGCUUAAUACUCAUGUGUUUACCCAGGCAGUUCCUGAAUGGUGAUCCAACUAUAUCUAUCUAUUAAUCUGAUCUACUGAUUAUUGAUGCAUUUUGUGCUUGGUUAUGAAUGUAAUUUUAUUGUGGAUUUUAUGCUGUUCAUUGCCAUAUAUUUUAAAUUAAUGUUGGAGGAAUAGGCAUUUUUUGCAAAAAGGAUAAAGAAAGAAAACUGCAUUAUUUUAGGGCACACUCCUAUGCACACUUAUUUAGAAGUAAACACUUUUGAAACCAAUGGGCAUUUGCUUCUAGGCAACUGUGUGUAGAAUCUGAGUGUUGGUUUGGUUUAUAAAGGUUUCUUUGGUUCCAAUCCUGCCCAACUUUUGCUUUUUAGAAGUUGCUUAUUUGGUCAACUUUGUAAAAUGUUAAUCCAAUAACAUCAGCCAAAUAAAAAUUUUUAAAUCCUGUUCACACGGACACACAUACCCAACACAUUUGUUAUGUUUACCAUCUAACCUAAUGAAGAGCUCUGGAGAAGAAACUAUUAUUUUGAUUUUACAAAGCUGGAAAGCUGUUCAUACUUACUCAGGCAUAAGUUCCUAAGACUUCAGUCAGGCUCAGUAGAAUUGAAGCUACGUGUUUCUUUCUUUCAUGACUUUACAGCAAUACACAUGCCCAUGUACUGAAACAAUACAUUGAUUGUCAGCUGUUUUGUUUCAAACUGAAUUAUUUUCCGCUUGUACACUGUGCAGCUACAAAUGAAUUUCAGAUUGCAAUGACACCUUUGAAAACAAAUUUGGAGACGGUGGGGACAGUUCACCACAAACUCUCUAUGCAAACAAGUCCCAUUGAAAUGAAUGGAAGUUGUGCAUAUCCUCCCCAUGAUGCCGAACCAUUUUAUAGUAACAUUUCCCAGAACUGCAAAAAAUUAAAUAUGCUAAAGAUUUAGACUUUUUCAGUGUUCCAGCAUAACCAUUUUGAUAGCAUCCCCACAGAACUUUUACAACAAGCUGUUAUUAACGUCACGACUUGUAAUGAAUCACACAAACAGCAUGCUGCCAAAUCCUCAUUAAAAAGAAAAAAAAAAAUCCCCAGGAAGAUGAAACACUGGCAAUGCAUUGAGUAAAAGAGGCUUUCGGUUGUAGAAGGAAAUGUGGGGGUUUUUUUGUCUUCAAGGAAAAUGGCUUGGACUAUGAAGCCUGUCUGGUGGCUCAGUGUGAUGCCUUGGUUGACGCUUUGACUCGUCAGAAAGCAAAACUGCUCACAAAAGUUACCAAAGAGCGUGAACACAAGUUAAAGGUGAGUGGAAAUUUCAUUUGACAACAACCAUAAAUGUGUAGGCUUAUUUGAGAUACCAUCUGCUGGGUACUGCCCCAAGAUCAAGCCCCAUUAGAAUGAGGGCCGUAUGUUAUCAUGGCAAAUGAACUCUAAAACCACAUUUAUGUCAAGUCAAGGACAUGCAGGACAUUGUAGGAGAAGGUUGGUGGCUGUGGUGGAAACCAGUGUGUUCACCCCUUACUUUGUCUGCUGAUUCUUCCCUGAAAAUGCUCCCUGGCCAUUCCCCACUGCUACUGCAACCAGGCUUACACCAGGAUAGAUAAAGAAAAGAUAUAUUGAGUUGGCCUAUCUGUAUCCAAUGGUGGCUGGUCUCUGAGCAUAAAACUUCCAUUUUUUAUAUGUAUUUUAUUUUUAAUUUCUUUAAUGGAUUGUCCUAACCAUGAAUUAUCCAAAUUAUUUUGCACCAUUAAAAUUAUGAUGAAAUUCUUAUAAAGAGCUAGGGCUAAGUAAUGACAACUCAGUGGCACUGAUGCAGAUGAGGUGGUGUCCAUAUGGCUGCAAGAGCCUUUGCUUUCCUGCUGUUGCUUCCAAAAUAAGUUAUUUAAUUCAGUGAAAGCCCAGAGGAUUAUCUACUAUACAUGGAAUUUCCCCCUCCCCAGGUUGUUUGGGACCAGAUAAACCACUGUACUCUGAAGCUGCGCCAGUCUACAGGGCUUAUGGAAUAUUGUCUUGAAGUAAUCAAAGAAAAUGACCCUUCUGGGUUUUUACAGGUAUGUUGCCUCUUAAUGUUGUGAUUAAUGAGAAAAUAAUAAUGAAGUAUUGUACUUCUGAAGCCCCACGUGUGCUCGCUCAUUAAGCAUUCAUCCUGAUUUGUUUGGAAGCAGGUUAGAAGAUGCUGAAAAUUUAGUGAGCACUUACCCUAAUUUGUUCAGAGAGAGGUUCGACAAUGUUGAAUCAAGCAUUAGUCCAAACUUUCCAAUGCAUCUUCCCCAACCACUUUCCUUAUCACAAAAAUUCUAUAAUUUGCAGAAGCAGGUUUGUUGCACAAGACCUCCCAAUCAACUGGAAUUGUGCAACUGGAAUUUUCCAAUAUGUGACUGAAUCCCACUCAAAGAUAGUGAGAAUCUGGAAGUGCCCUCUGAUGCAUGCACAGGUCUUGUGCAUUCAAACAUGGGAUACGCCAUCCAUUUCAAUGGCAGAAGCCAGGGAUAAGUGGACUGCUCUGAGACUGGUCCAUUUGCAUUAGUUUAAUCUCUCCCAUGUUUUUCUCAUAAUGGAUUGUUCCAUGUACACAGGCAAAAAGAAUUGCUGUGCGCUGUUCAAGACUUGGUGGCUACAACAAAAGCUGAGGACACAAUUCUGGGCCAGCCCUAGAGUGUCCUAUAUAGAGCACCUGUACUCACAAUUUGCUUGAGUCACAAUCAAUUUAAAAUGAUUAUUUUAUAGCUUGGGCAUUAAAUGUUUCCCUUUCAGAUUUCAGAUGCUUUAAUCAAACGUGUUCAAGUGUCUCAGGAGCAGUGGGUCAAAGGAGCUCUGGAACCCAAAGUAUCUGCUGAAUUUGAUCUCACUCUGGAUAGCGAGCCAUUGUUGCAGUCAAUUCAUCAGCUGGACUUCAUUCAGAUGAAAUGUAGGGGUGAGCUUUUGUAGAUUGCUUUUCUUUCUCUCUCUUUCUCUCUUUUACACCAGGAUUUCAAAAAGCAGCGGGUGACAGUGAGGCACUUCCGAUGGGCCUCAAAGAUGGGAAUUUCUUACCCAGAUGUAACCAAGCAUUUGUGUGAUGAGAAAACCCUUUCCUCUUCCUUGACCCUAACAAGCUCAGACAAUAGUAAUAGAUAAUGUUAGACAUCUGAGAAUAUGAAAAGCUUCAGACUGGGCCAUCUGUUCUUUUCUUAAGUGAAGACAUUUACUGACAUAACUGUAACUUUAUAAAAAAAAAUAGCCUUGCCCCAUUUUGGAGCAUUGCAGAUCAACAGCAGAAGUCAUUUCAAUUACCCAUACAAUCAUGCUUGCCCUCAUUCGUAGGCUGCAUUAUUCUUAAAAUGUGUGAAAGAACCAUAUUCAUCUAGAGUUGACAUUAAUUUGUUCCCCAAAAUUCUUCUGAGUAGAUUUGGGUACUAAAUAUUCUCCAGUAUGCUCUGUUUGUACAUUUUGAUAUUUGAUGCCUGUGUUUUACAUCUAAUAAUAUCUGAUUUCAAUAUUUGCCAUUUUGCUUUAGUAUUUGAGUUCAGAAUUUCAUAGCUCACAUGGAAUCAUAAAGCAUUUCCGUGUAUUCACUGCAUGAUAUACAGUGAUCAUUACCAUUUGACAGUUUGGUCAGUUAUCACGUGCCGGUAUAAGUAUUUGUAUUGAUAGCUGAUGUGAAAUUGUAUGUAGUAUGCAAUAGUAUUGUCUGAUGUGAAAUAGUAUUGUGGUUUUUCGCCUUAAUUGGCAGCUGUCAUCCAACAAGAUUUGAUGUUUGAAAAUUGUUAAGGUUUAACAUUUGACAACAGGGGAAAUGCUGCAAUUCAGUGAUUCAGCAUCUGCUUUGCCUGCAGAAGGUCCCAAAUUCAGUCCCUGGAACCUCCAAAUAGAACUGGGCAUGUCCCCAGUCUGAAACCCAGUCAGUUUAGACAAAAGGGAGCUAGAUGGACCAAAAGUCUGACUCAAGCAGCUUCCUAUGUUUCUAAAUUCUGACAGUAGUUGAUAGCCUAUAGCUUACUGCAUUUGCUAUUUGAGCCUAGCAAUUUAUAUAUACACACAGAGAGAAUAUGUGAAUGAUAAUGCAUUCAAAUUUUGGAUUCAAAAUUCAGAUGUAGAAAUCGUUAAUUUCAAAUUUCCUUUCUGCUGUAGCGUAAAAUUUUGAGAAAGACGAGAGCGUCAUGUGGACAUGGCAAAUGAUGAAUGCUCUGAGGAUAAUCUAUAUGAAAGGGAGAAACCUUGUGAACUCACAGCCUCGUUUAUUAUGAGCAUAGGGCAUAUUAAGCAGUUUCCAGAGGCACAGGUGAAACUUUUCCAUUGUCAAAGACACAUAGACACAUUAUAGCUGUAUAAGCAAUGUUGUAACCCGCACUGGGACCUUAGGGUGAAGGGUGGGUAAUGCAACAACAAGCUUUUUUUACAAUCAAGUGGCGUACCAAUUUUAUGAAAUAAACAAAUAAUAACAGCUCUUUGAGCUGGUGUAUCAUUUGAUAGGUAAAUUCUAUUGCGUAAACUUGUCCCUGAUUUAUCCCAUUUGAGCCAGCAUAUGCUAAAACAAUGGAGGUGUGAAUUCAGAACCCUAAGGACUGUGGCCCUUGGAGGCUAUGUCCCAGGAGGACAUUGGAUCAGCUGGUACAGCCUGCACCUUUCUGCAAAUUAUCCCCCUCAGUUAUGAUACUCCAUUUGUAUUUUGUACAAAGAGAGUGAAUGCCUCAGCAAAACCUAGCAGCUUCUCUUCAGUAUCCCUUUUGGCAUUCUGAACAGGCAUUGCCCAGAAAGAUUGUUCUUGCAAUUCUGCUGCUUGGAAGAGCAGGCUAGAGCCCCUACUUAGGAUGAAAGCUACUCAUGAGUGGCUGCUCCAGCCUGAUGAUUCUUUUGAGCUGCUUUUUAUGGGAAUGUGCAUAUUGCAAGUGCCCAAAGAUCAGCACAGGAACAAAGAGGGACAAACAAAAAUGAAAUCAAAUGAAAGACAACAAUGGGUCAAUUUCCUUUGAUGCACCACAGAAGACUGCUAGGAGAUUUCUGCUGGAAGGAAUUGCAUGGUUCAUAGGUAAAUGAUGUUACCAGCACUGUUCAUCUUUACAAGAAUCAUUGGUAAAUUUUUAUCCUUGUUCAUCCAAAGCUCAUUUGAUUUCAGUUGGCUUAAUUCUGAACUCUAAAGGCUCAAUCUAAAGCAAUUAGGUCAGUUAAUUUGACAGCUAAAUCCUUGAGGAACAACAGAAAAAUGCUUGAAUUUAGGAAAGUAGUUAAAGGCAAAAAUAUGCUCCCCAAAAGGGUAUUGUUUCCUAAACUAAAUGGGUUAUAUUAAUGAAGCCACUGAAAGAACAUCAGCAAAUUGCAACAUCAAAAAUUUAAAAACCCAGAAAAGAAUAUGCAGAUGAGGAGAAUUUAAGGUGAAGUCUCUCUUAGAUUGUAUAAUUGCAAAAGAACCUGGUCUCAAUUUGGAUGUAUUUUAUUAUUGUUUGAUAGCUUCUAUUUGCCAGUGUAAGGGACGCGAGUGGCGCUGUGGGUUAAACCACAGAGCCUAGGGCUUGCCGAUCAGAAGGUCGGUGGUUCGAAAUCCCGCAACGGGGUGAGCUCCCGUUGUUUGGUCCCUGCUCCUGCCAACCUAGCAGUUUGAAAGCAUGUCAAAGUGCAAGUAGAUAAAUAGGUACCGCUCCGGCGGGAAGGUAAACGGCAUUUCCGUGCCCACACGACCUGGAAGCUGUACGCCGGCUCCCUCGGCCAGUAAAGAGAGAUGAGCACCGCAACCCCAGAGUCAGCCACGACUGGACCUAAUGGUCAGGGGUCCCUUUACCUUUACCUUAUUUGCCAGGGCAAGAAUUUGGACUGUAAUAUUUCCAUUAUAACAGGUGUCUUCUUGUAUGUUUAGGCAUAAAGAGGGAUGCUGUGCUUCCUUUCUUCAGUGACAAACCAUCUAUAUCCAAUUUGCCCCAUAUUAUGUUGCAAUGUGUGUCCAUCUCUCUCCCAGUGCUGCUGCCUUCUAGGUCUGAAGCUAAGACCUAGAAGGGCCAAAGCAGCAGAGAUGUUAAAUUUGCCACUUCCAGCUCUUGGAUUCAUAAGCUAUUGCCUGCCUGGGCUGUUUUCCUUUUUAAAAAAACCCAUAUGUGCAGUUCCUGAGUUUAGUGGAUGCUUUCUGAAAAGGACACACCAAGUAUCCAAAAGGCUCCAUAGGGAGUGGGGUAAAGAUGUCUUAGAUGCCUGCCUCUUCUCAUCACUCUCUCUUGGCGAGAGUGGUAAUCAUGGGUGCAGUGAGUUGGGUUUCUAUGGCAUGGCAGUUGCAAUUUUGUACGUGCAAUUUGUACAAAAAGCUUGGGUGGAAUGUGAGUUGUCUGGGAAGUUAGAAUGAAGAAACCAGGGGACAGGAAUGGGUGCAGAUGUUCUGUGAUGGUUUUCUAGUAGUUAGGCUGUCCAGGGAUGUCUAUGUUGUACUAGGACAACUUUAAGCUUAAAUGAAUAAUAUAUAUUUAAAUGGUGGAUUAUUAUAAAUGGCAGAAUGAAGUCAUGAAAUGCUUUUAACAAGCUUCUGUCCUUAUUCAACCUUACUGAGAGAUGAAUGUCUGCCCUUAGCUAUGCUAUGUUUUCUACUAAGGAGAAGGAAAAUGAGGAUCAGACUGUAUUAAAAUGUGUGUGCAUUUCUUGCCAUUGGUGAAAUAACUCUUCCUCUCCAAAAGUAUAAUUUCAUCAAUAAUACAGAAAAGAAGAGCUUCUUUAGCAUUGCUCUAGGAACAGAUGAAUUAGUAAUGUUAUGUUAGAGAAAUCUUGAAUUAUUACCUAUUAGUAACAUAAUUCUUAAAACAGCUACUGUAGAUAUUCACAACCUAUUGAAACUGUAGAUAUUCACAGUAGCUAUUUUACUAGCUAUAAGGCACCAAAGAUUUCAAAACUGGGACUCUUACUGGCUAGGCUUCUAAACCUUGGGUGAUAGUAAAAAAAAUUACUCAGAGUAAACCAACUGACAUUAAUGGCUGUAACGUGGUCAUGUUCAUCAGGUGGCACAAUGGCUCAGUGUGUCUGGCUGUUAAGCAGAAAGUUGGUGGUUCAAGCCCACCCAGGGAUGGCUGUGGGUAGGAUUCCUGUGGGUAGGAUUUCCCUUGGAAUCCCUUCCACCUCUAUGAUUCUUUGACUUCUAUGUUCAUUAAUUUCAAUGGGUCUAACUCUUGAGUAAACUUUAGUUGAACACCACCCAGAACUUCAUGCACCUCUCGAGGCAGCAUGUCUGCUAAAGAGCUUGCAGGCUGAUUUUUUUUACCCAAAUGUCUAGACAGCAUUAUGUGCCCCACCAGCUGACUUAUACCUUGUCACAUGGCCAGGGGAGCCAGCAUAGUUCUGCCUGUCCUUAUUAAGUCUUAUGUUCUGGGCCUGCUCUUCAAACAGAACCUAUAUACUGUUGUUGUCAUCCAUCUUCCUCGCGAGACGAUGGAGUACAGCUCCGUAGAUGAAGUCAAACCACUGUGUAACAGCACUGAAGUGAGCUUCCCUAGGAUGCAAGCCUGGGCAGUGUAUAUGGAGGUCCUGGGCUGCCCAGACAAUAAUAACAAUAACAAUAACAAUAAUUUACCGGUAUUUAUUUAUACCCUGCCCAUCUGGCUGGGUUUCCCCAGCCACUCUGAGCGGCUUCCUGCAAAAUAUCAAAAUACAAUAAUUCAUCAAAUAUUAAAAGCUUCCCUAAACAGGGCUGCCUUCAGAUGUCUUCCAAAAGUCAGAUAGUUGUUUAUUUAUUUGACAUCUGAUGGGAGGGUGUUCCAUAGGGCGGGCCCCACGACCGAGAAGGCGCUCUGCCUGGUUCCCUGUAAUUUCGCUUCUCGCAGUGAGGGAACUGCCAGAAGGCCCUCGGCGCUGGACCUCAGUGCUGAACGAUGGGGGUGGAGACACUCCUUCAGGUAUACUGGACUGAGGCCAUUUAGGGCUUUAAAGGUCAGCACCAACACUUUGAAUUGUGCCCGGAAAUGUACUGGGAGACAAUGUAGACACACACACACCCUCAGCCUUGCUGGUGUGGUCCAAAGGUGUAUACAUAUUACUGUUUAUUCCAGCUCUAGGAGCUAUCACUGCUGGUGUUUGAAGUACAUUCCAUAUCUAUCCUUUUGAGACCAUUUGAAUUUCAGCACUUCCUUCAGCUUCUAUAAUUGGGACUCUUAAUGUUUGUACCCAUACUUAGCUUUCUAGUAAUAGUUUUGUAUUAGUGUCCAAACAGCCAUCUGUCACACAGAUUCCCUCUGCUGUAUUACAAAAUCCUCAAAUGCAUCACUUCUAACAUGUCUCCAUCCUGGCUGAGUUUUGAUGGCACUCCACCUAGUGCCGAUUUCUGUGCUGGCCACACCCUAUUCCAAACAUUGCUCUCCACUCAUUGGCUCUACUGUUAUGUCACCAGAUGCUUUCCUGCCCAUGUGUUGCCUCAUGCAUUGUGCUCUGCUGGCUCUGCUUCAAAGGUUAAACUACAAAAUUUCAGCCACAGAAUUCUUGCAGGAAUAGAAAUCCUGUCUGGUGGAAUCUAGACACAUAUCAAAACCACUCUGAAAAUGCUUUUUUUGAAAAAGGGUUUUUAAAAAAAUACAUUGAAUUUUCCAUAAGGCUCACCACGCCAUCUAGUGUCACAUUGUAUAUUGCACUUAAAACACACUUAAAACGUUUUAUUUGCAGCUGUAUAGCUGAGUCCACUGUAGAUGGCAAGCUUAACUGGAAUGUCACCUACAGGUAUUUACAUUAAAUCCCUAAACUCUUUUGUAGUGAGAAUUUUGUCAAUAGACAUAUGAUACACAUUUGACGCAGCACCUUUUACCUUGGGGCAGAAAGAAUGCUCCACUAUAUCACCAUGUGGGAAGUUAGAGGGCAUAUGUGGCCUGUGGGUUACACAAAUCUGAUUUAUACCAAUCGAAAUGCCAGCCUAGUUAAUAUCAACCAAGGUGACAUUUUCCCUUCAGGCAAUCAGUAAAAGCAAGGGUUUCAGAGAUAAAGUGCUGCAACAGUUAUGAGCAGAAGUAAAAUAAAAGUUAAUAACACAAGAACAUUAGUCUUUAGUAGAAGAAUGUAUGGUUCAAUUAUAGAGAUGCAAGUUCUAGGUGAAUAAAGGUAAAGGGACCCCUGACCAUUAGGUCCAUUCGUGGCCGACUCUGGGGUUGUGGCGCUCAUCUCACUUUAUUGGCCGAGGGAGCCGGCGUACAACUUCCGGAUCAUGUGGCCAGCACGACUAAGCUGCUUCUGCCGAACCAGAGCAGCACACGGAAACGGCGUUUACCUUCCCGCCGGAGCGGUACCUAUUUAUCUACUUGCACUUUGACGUGCUUUCGAAAUACUGGGUUGGCAGGAGCAGGGACCGAGCAAUGGGAGCUCACCCCAUCACGGGGAUUCGAACCGCCGACCUUCUGAUCGGCAAAUCCUAGGCUCUGUGGUUUAACCCACAGCGCCACCCGCGUCCCCUAGGUGAAUAGUGCGUGCCGAAUGCACACCAAUGCCCAAUUGCAUUAUUCUGUGUUCAGGCUAUGGAUAACUAUUCUGCUUGCAAAUAAGAAAAGAAAAGAAAAGAAAGCCAAGAGAUGAGUUGAGAGGUGGGAUCUUGAACAAACUGGAUGUUCAGUGAAGUAAUCAGAUGGUGACUUUGCCAAAGAUUCACUGUUCACCGCUUUCCCAGAUAUGGAUAUUCCUUAUGGUUAAAAAUAAACAAGCACAAGGCAGUGUUAAUUGGUCAUAAAACUGCAAUCCUCGGGAUUGUUGCUCCAGAAAUGUUCCCCUGAGUGUUAAGUGCCAAGAGAGCUGCAACUGCAAUGCCAGUUGCGAUGUGUGUGGAUUUUGCUGCUUGUCACACGGGUGAGGGCAGAGUUGCACUAAUCGGUGCUUAGUUUCUGUUUCAGUGCCGCCAGUCCCACUCCUGCAGCUGGAGAAGUGCUGCACUCGAAACAACAGUGUGACCCUCGCCUGGAGGAUGCCACCUUUUAGCCAUAACCCAGUGGAGGGUUACAUCUUGGAACUCGACGACGGAGACGGUGGCCAAUUCCGAGUGAGACCUUCGUUCCUCGUUGAUUUAUGUUUGGCAUCCUUAAACAACUGCUUGUAUUGCCUACUGGCGUUUAGUAUCAAAUUGAAAAUCUUUUCAAUCCAGUCUUAACCUGUCCCUGAAGAGGACCAUUCCCUUCCCCAUGACAGAAGAAUAAGGUCACAUCCACAUCAUAUAUUAAAAGGACAAUUCCCCCCCCCCAAUAAUUUUUUAUUAUUUUCUUCAUAUGAUCUUUUUCCAACAAUUCUUAUUAUCACAAUAUAAUCCCUUUGACUCCACCGAGUCUUGACUUCCCUCCCUCCCCGUAGCUGGUAUAUACAUCACAAUCUUAUUGCGUAUAUUAUUCUCAUAUCCCUACUAUUACAUUGAAGGUAUUAUUCCAGUCCUGCUAGUGUCUUUAAGCUUUUAUGGUUCUCCUUUAAAUAUUCAAUGAAUUUACUCCAAUUGUUAUAGUAUCUCUGGUCCUCUUGGGCCCGGAUUUUCCCUGUCAAUUUGGCAAGUUCCGCAAAAUCUGUCAUCUUCACCUGCCACUCCUGGAUGGUUGGUAAAUCUUGUGUUUUCCAUUUUUGGGCCAGUAGAGUUCUUGUGGUGGUUGUGACAUACAUAAACAAAUUCUGAUCUUUUAUUUUAAUCUCUCUUCCCACUAGACCUAGCAAAAAUGCUUCUGGUCUUUUGGGGAAAGUGUACUUGAAUAUCUUUUUAAGUUCAUUGUAGAUUGAUUCCCUUGUCACAAGUCCACCACAUAUGAAAACAGUCCCCAUCUACUUCUUUAGAUUUCCAACAUUUUCUGUCUCUCUUUCUAUACAUUUUAGCCAAUUUUGGCUAUAUUAACAGGACAAUUAUACCACUUUAAUGGUCACAGCUUCCUCCAAACAAUCCUGGGAUCCCCUGACAGAGCAUCCUUAACAAACUAUAGAGCAGAGGGUGAUGAUAUGAAUCAUGUUUUUCAGUGCUGGCUUGCUGUUUGUGGAAUGUCUUGUCAGGGUGUGAUCAUUAUCUGUUUUUAGGCACCAGUCAGAUAGCCAAUCCAGAUAAUGAUGGGGUCCACGAAACAAAAAAAAAGAUUCCCUUCCCUAAUCUAAGGGGAUGGGGUUUAGGGAGAGAGGGAGAUUGGAGUGGCAAGUGGUGCAAGCAGGGGCAAGCCCCCUAGUACUGCAAAUUCUCCUUGCAUGGUCGCAACAUUGCUGAGAUUAAUUGUUUUGCAACAAGAAAUUACAUGCGGUUUACUUUGAAGGGUCUUAUUAGGAAAGAUCCCAGGUUUAAAAGAAUUUGGUGAACUCAGUUGCUGCCUUUCUCCUUGUCUAGGAAGUGUAUGUUGGUAAGGAGACCCUAUGCACUAUUGAUGGCCUUCAUUUCAACAGUACAUACAAUGCAAGAGUCAAAGCCUUUAAUUCAUCAGGAGUGGGCCCUUAUAGCAAGACUGUUGUUUUACAGACUUCUGAUGGUGAGUAACUUUAAAGAUAUGUAAAGUUACUUCUAAAUAUUUCUCUUUGUCUAAAAUCUAUGGAAGCUUUGAGAUUCUGGUAGUUUUCGGAACAACUGUUUCCAACUCAGUUAUACAGUCCAGAUGAACUGCUGAGCCUUGCUGUGUGUGAAUAGAAGCUGUUGGUGUGUUGUGUGGGUCAAUGGCACGCAAUUAGGUGACAGGAAACUUGGUUACAGUGAAACCUAAUUAAGAUUGGGCUUGCUCAGCCUCCAUAAGCAUCACUGCAUUUAUGUAGGUGCUUUCACACUUUGUACUUUGCUCUAACAUGGACUGAGAAUGUCCCACAAUUUGAUAGACCUAUUAAUGUUAGUUGGCAAGGAAAAAAUAGGUAUAAAAGGAGAAUUCCCUGGAUACCCAGUACUGUUUGGUGAAAGAACCCCAGCAGGGAUUUAAAAUCACAAAAUAUGCAGCAAAGUAAAGCAUGGAAAUAUAGGCUGUUAGACCUUUAAAAUAUAUCGUCGUGAGUUCUAAAACUCCCCUCUUCCAAAGUUCCGCACUUCCCCAGCAUAGAAGAAGAUCACAUGUUUGAUAAGUUUAAAAUGGUUUACUUAUAAACUCUCCAAAGGUCAAAUUCAUCUGCUUUUCAAUACAGCAUUCAGAAAACACAGGCAGUGAAACUUGGCCAAGUUACAGUAGGAACACAAUAAUGCAGUCAGAGCUUGGAGCAACCAGCUCACACCUCUUUACACGUUUUUCUGGUAGAAUGAAAUACAACAGUAGGCUUGAUUACCUUCCGCCCAAGGAGAGGUAGAGUGACCGAGCAAAGCCUGGCAGGGCAAAUUACUCUAUAGCAUUAAUCCCUUCAUGUGUUAAUUAGAUUUAAGCGUAUCGUGUAUAUUAGGUUGGUUAUCCCACAGUUAAUGCUUUGAAUAUGUCCAGGGCCAGACCAAAAUAUUGACUGAACUAAAUCUCUGUAAAUCUUUGAACUUUUUAACCAUCAUUAAACAACAGAAAAAGCAUCAAAUUCAAAAAGCAUUGAAUUAGAGCUGGAAAGGAAAAAUCAGGAACAGUGUAGAUUCUUCUUUUCAUCAUUUUGUUCGUUUUCAAGAUGCAGCUUAUUCAAGCAGCACCUACAGAUGAAUAUUUUUGUUCAAUUUCAUAGUGUGUUGCUGAUUCUUCUUUUGAAAUUGUCAUGUAAAGUCAUAUGACACCAUGCAAUUGAUAGGUAGCAGCCCCACCCACCUGUCAAAGUGGCCCACUCAGGGUUAGUGAGAAAAGGAGUAUUGUGUGGCACACACAUAGUUUGUAGAAAAUAUUGUGUGGGGUUUUUUAAAUAAUAAUAAUAAUAAUAAUUAAAUAAAUCCUUUUUCAUUGUGGGAAAUCAGUUAAUUUCACUACCUUAUUAACUAAUGCUUUAAACUCUUAACGUUUAAUACCAUUUGCAACAGGGUGAGGGUAAAAGUGGUCCUAUGAAACUAGAAAGAUGAUGAAGUUUAUGGAACUGAAAACUGUACAUAGACCCUUGAACUAUUGGCACCUAAAAGCUAGAAGCUACUUCUGUAGAAAAUGGAGAUGUCCAUUGCUUUUACAGCCCCCUUUCCCUAAUUAUAUAUCAAUGAUGAAUUCCAGAGCUUAAUUACAUUUUCUCUCUGUGGAAAUAAUUUCCUAGCAAUGUCUUAUAAAAUAUGGAUGUUAAUUCAGGCUUCGGUUCUCUGUAAUUACACUUGCUAUCCAUAUGGGCAACCGAAGAAAUUAAUAUUGAUUAAUGAUACUUAACUGUCAUGAAUCACAAAACACAUGUUAAUCUCAUCCUCUCUUCAUAUUCAUGUUGCCAAACUAUGUCAGGAAAAACCAUUUGUUCCCAAGAAUCUCUUUUCUUUUUUAAAAAAGUCUUCAGAUGAUCAUAAUUUGUAAUCAACCUGGCCACUGAUAGAGCAAAAUAUGCAAGCCUGAGCGAAGGGAUAAGUUGCAGCUAAAUUCCCAAGAUGAACAAUUUUGGAUUGUGAGAAGAUGAAGAUUUGCCUAUUUAUUAUUUAUGUAGCUCAACCGGGAUGUUCAGUGUCGUACAACAAAGCUAGUUGCUAAGGCUAGAAUUAGACAUUCUAGCAGAUGUGUAGCUGCUGCCAGAAACAGAAGCCUUAACUCUUAAUACUUUCUGGUAGUGAUAUAGAAUGAAGCUAUCACAUUGUGAAUUUCUGUGGCUUCACAAGAACCAGCCAAUGAAAUCAGAGUAAGAACAGGGAAAUCUGCAGCACAAUGAUGUCAUGCAAUAUUUCACAAUGAUGUCAUGUAAUGCCACACAUUUUCAUCACUAGAUUUGCUCCGGGGGGGGGGGGGGGGAGGUGGGAUAUAAAUGCAAUAAAUUAAUAAAUAUAAGAAACCAUUUUGUUGUACAUAUUAUCAUGCAUAUUACCAUACAUUGGCAGUUGAUGUGUAAUAAAAAUUCUCCUUAUCACUUGACGAAGGUGAUAAAAGAGACCAAGUUAUGCUGAGGGAUAUAGUUGAAUAGAUUGGUUGUCUGUAUGGACUUCAGCAUAACAUCCUUAGCUCUCAGUUACUGAAAUCAAUGGAAAUUAAAUGUGAUUUAUUUAUUUACUGCAGGGAUAGGGAUCCUCAAGCCUAGGAGCCAAAGGUGCCUCCUGGACUUGUCUACCUGGCCUUUGGGACUCUCCCAAAGACACCCCCAGCCACAGCCCCUCUCCCCUCCCAUGCUUUGCACCCCCUCCAAAUAAUAAAUUACUAUUACUAUUACUCCUUUUUGCCUGGCAGCAAAAUGUCAUUGGAUUUUGAUCCUGCUUCUUGCUUGCCUGGAUAGAGGAUAAAGAGAGGUCUGUGUAAGAACUAGACUCCAGUGCAAAAGUAAACUUUGUCAUGCCCUCCAACGUGCCACAGAGGAAAACUGGAACACAUGACUUUGGGGGCUGCAGUCCCCCAAAACACACAUCUUUUGGGGGCCCCACUCUCAACGGGAGCCAGGUGACUUGUGCGAGAACACAGCUUCCCAGAAUAGGCGUCUUUUGGGGCUGCACUCUCGUGGGAGUCAAACGGACAUCCCAGGAUACAAUCAGAAGCUGGGAUGGUUUCUGUAAUACCAGGAUGUCCUGCUUAAAGUGGGACAAUUGAGGCGUAUGCCAGUGUGGUGUAGUGGUUAAGAGUGGUAGACUUGUGCAGCUGCUGGGUGACCUUGGGCUAGUCACACUUCUCUGAAGUCUCUCAGCCUCACUCACCUCACAGAGUGUUUGUUGUGGGGGAGGAAGGGAAAGGAGAUUGUUAGCCUCUUUGAGACUCCUUCGGGUAGUGAUAAAGCGGGAUAUCAAAUCCAAACUCUUCUUCUCUUCUUCUGUUGCUCUGCCCUCUUUUGCCAUCGACUCAAACUACCACUGGCAUGUGGCCCUGGAAUGUUUCCCAGAAGGAAAAGAGUCGCUCAGACUUAGUACAUUUGUAUCCUACCUGUCUUUCAUCAUGGAACUCAGGGUAGCCAGGCCACAAUCUGUCGUCUUCACCUGCUGAUCCGGUGCUACUCUUCCAAGAUAGGGUGUAACAAACCAGUGCCUUUGUGGCAUUCUUCUAAUCCGUCUACACUUUCUUUCUCAAUAGUGGCCUGGUUUACAUUUGAUCCCUCUUCAGCCCAUCGGGACAUAGUCCUUUCAAACGACAACCAGACUGCUACUUGCAGUAGCUAUGAUGACCGCGUCAUCCUGGGCACAGCAGCUUUCUCAAAGGGAAUCCACUAUUGGGAACUGCAUGUAGACCGUUACGAUAACCAUCCAGAUCCAGCCUUUGGAAUUGCUAGAAUCAACGUCGUCAAGGACAUGAUGCUAGGAAAGGAUGACAAGGCAUGGGCUAUGUAUGUUGACAACAACCGCAGCUGGUUCAUGCACUGCAAUUCUCACACCAAUCGGUAAGCAUCCAAAGACAUUUUCUCAUGUGCAUGUGGAACUUUCCUCCCUCAGGAAGUCACUUCUCAAGAGAGAGGGCUUUUGGGAACCCUUCCAGCAUUUCAAUUCUAGACAUUGCAAACUUUCCCCAUAAAUCAGAAGCUUAUUGCUGUGUAGUUCUGUUGACAUUUGUUGACAUUAUAACUUCAUUAUUUUUUAUGGCAUCUAUGGACCAAGCUAGAUGCAAUAUGAGCAGCCACUUAAUUUAAACCUGGGCCUGCUUCAAUCACAUAUAAAUCAGCGAAUGGAGAGGAGACUGACAAUAAGGACACCCAAGUGGCGUGUACUAAACUUCCCCACCAAAAUAUUACCUCAAGACAGUCUCUACUCCAAUCAUUUUUCUCUUCAACCAAGCUCUAAUUUUGGAAGUGUGGAUGGGGCAGAAAUCUGAUUCAUUUCUCACUUAAACACAAACUUGCCUAAUUCACAGUUUCUGAAAGAAUACAUGAACUGAAACACAUCCUUUGAAAUCUGCACUUCUCUAGAUUUUCCAAUGCAGUUCUCCAGCAAAAUAAUGUACUCAAAAAUGCAUAUACCAGGGUAAAAUGUAUGUAUAAAUGUGCAUAAUAGUGAAAAUUGCAUUAUACAUUUGGAAUACUGAAUACAUUUCUGGUCACUUCACCUCACCUCACCACAAAAAAGAUCCAGUGGAACCUCAGCUCCCAAACCCCUUGGGAGCCGAACAUUCCCGCUCCCAAAUGAACAUUUUUUUUGGAAGACGAACAUCCGAUGUGGCUUCUGUGGCUUCCAAUUGGCCGCAAGAAGCUCCUGCAGCCAAUCAGAAGCCUCACCUUGGUUCCUGAACCGUUUUGGGAGUCGAACGGACUCCUGGAAUGGAUUAAGUUGGAAAGUUGGAAAAGGUUCAAAAGAUGGCUAUCCAGUUGAUCAAUGGGAUGGAGCAACUCCCCUAUGAGGAAAGGGCACAUGGUGAAGCAACCUGGUGAUGAUUUCCUCAGAAUCUGAACUGCUACGUAGACUGAGCCAACCCAUAUUUAGAGGCGUUGUGUAAGUUGGCUGCUAAUUUCUGUGCCAGUGGAAAAACUGUGCUCCAUCUUAGUUCUGGAAACUUUCAGAUAUUUGAAGAUCAUUAUAAAGGCUAUAUAUUAUCCUCUUUACAAUAAAUGUUGGUUUGCAUGUUAUACCUAAGCAGGGAAAGCAGCUGGGCAAGUGAGGCCUUGUGUGUGUGGCAGAAACAUGUCUGUUGGCCUCCCCACCUCAUACGCCUGACUCCCUUAUGUUGGAGAUGAUAUUUGCAUAAAAGUGCAUAGGCUAUGUACACACAAUUUGUAUCCUUGGCAAAUUGAGGGUAUGAACUAUAAAUUCAGAGCCUGCACAUGUUGGCAUGGAUGCACAUAACCACCCCCUGAUUAGAGUGGUUGCCCAGUGCAUGGAGACUGAGCAUGGCAAGGGGGUGUGGUCAGCGUCUGUGUUCCUGAACAUGCGUACACCACACAUACAUCCAUGUGUGGAAUGACUAUCUGCACAGAGGUCAAGGUACAAUUUUGCUUGUGCUGCUAUAAAGAGUCAAAGAAAGGCUCUCAGUGGUGGUAAAAUCUGCAGCGAGAUUCAGGCAUUGUUUCUUUGUUUAUUUAUUAAAAUGGUCAGUUGCUUUAUCUUGCCCAGGGCAACCCAAAGUGACCUACAGCCAAACAAAUAGUCAAUAAACCCCACAUAGAGUAGAGACAUUAAAACCAAGAAGAAUGAGAAAUCCAUUAAAAACAUCCCUCCCACAGUUGGAUCAGCGAUGGCAUUGCUAGAUCCUGCUAAAGGAGAAGCUUUUCAGUGCAGUGUCUGAAUUAGUGCUUCACUAAUUUAAACGCUUCCUGUGGCAUUCUUCUCAAUAAGGUUUUUUUUUUAAUCUUUCCUGCUGCAUGCUGGGAUUUUAUCCAUCUUUGCUAUGCCCAUUUUAAAAUGUGGAGAAAAUAAUGUGACACCUAAGAUUUGAAUGGAGAAACUGUGAAUCACUUAACAUUGUCUUAGAACAUAACGAAAAAUUGAUGUAAAGGGAGAAAAUAAGGAUAGCCCUGCUAAACAACAACAGCAGCAGCAGCAGCAGCAGCAGCAGCAGCUCAUAUUUACCAUUUAUAUGUGACACUUUCAAGUAUUCUACGCCCAUCACAUAGAUUAUCUAGUUGCAGUCCUUACUACAACCCUGUAAGGUUAGUGCUAUCAGCCCCCUAUAUUGCAGAUGAUAGUACUUAAGACUGCGGGAAAUUGGUUUUUCUAAGGCCAUCUAGUGAAUUUAUGGCAGAGAUGAGAAUCAAGCCAGGGUCUCCUAGACUUGUAGUUCACUUUCCUGAGCACUAUGCUACACCAGUAGCCUGAUAAAGACUUGACUUUGAUUUCACCAAACCCGAGCCCUUGUCCAGCUUCUCUGCCCACAGUACCCACAAAAAGAAUAAUCAAUAAAGCUUGCUUGGGGAUCCUUACCAUUCUGUCAAAUCCUGUCUAUUAUCCAUUUCCUCGUUGUUGAGCCAAGCAGCUUAGCUAUGAUUAACUCCAGCCUUUCCCCCCUCUACUAGCCCUGGAAUGCUGAUUCUAUAUUUCAGGAAUGGAAUUCCACUAGAUCCAGAACUUUAGCAUAUGUUUAACGUGUGAGGUGGAAAUGAAAUGCCAUCCUGGUCCCUUCUUUCAUGAGCCCAAGACUUAUGAUCCACUGCUCAGGAACAGAUAGAUUAAUUGCAUUUAUUUUAGACAACCUGCAUAUUGCAUAUUACACUGGCAUAGCAGGGUCACAAAUACUGGAGAGAAAGUAGGAUGAAUGGCUUGAAGGGUUUCUUAUCAGUUUGCAACCCAUUUAUAGGAUGGAAAAAUAGGCUUGAGAUCUGCUCAAAAGUUCCUAAAGACAAUGAGCAUGUUUCCAUUUCUUUUCUCAGAAUAAUUUUAAACCUGCCGAGAGUAAUGUUUUCCCCAAAAACAAUACACAUCAAAGGCUCAGAUAUCUGCCCCUUUAAAACCCUGAUUAGAUUUAAAGAGGAAAUAAUGUUAAUCUCUACUAAAUUUAGAACACUGUGCUGCUUUCAGGCCAUGUUGUGUUGCGACAAAAUGGCAGCACUCACUCAUUGCCCUAGAAACCUACUUUAUUAAUGUAUUCUCAGGCAUACUGGAUUAUAGGCACACAAUCUAUUUUAUGAAAUAUCACCAAAGCUUAAUAAAAAGCUAUUCUGUGGAGGACACAGAAGGGAAAUACUUUUUCAGAUUAUUAUUAAUUUUAAAAUUUAUAUUAUAUUAUGUUAUAUUAUAUUAUAUUAUAUUAUUAUAAAUAUACAAAUUGAGUGCUAUUGCCUUUACUCAAGAUAAAUUACAGAAUAUCACAAAACAGUGAUCAGACAGAAGCAACUAAAUACAUUAAUGUCAAGACCAUAAUUUUUGCUUCUAGCAGCCAUGGGAUGCUCUUAGCACACUCACACACACCCAUAAUUUGCUUACGAUCUUUCAGUCCGACAGUUUCACCCAAUCUAGACAGCUGAGUGGUUUGUCCUACCUUUGCCAGCCACUACUUUAUGGUGGGAGUAUUUGGUAUUAAUCAGUUUCUGUUAUUUACAGUUUUUACUGCUAUUAAUAAAUCUAUUACCAAAGGAUUCUGAGCUGUCAGUACAAUGUCAUACAUACGGUAAAUACAAAUGUCAAAACUGUAGGAUAUGUUAUAAUUUUUUAUCUUGUUGACUUCCUUAACAAGGCUCUGUCCAAUUUUGGGUGAACCCCGCCCUCCUUCCAGUAGACCUCCCUGUCCUAUCCCAUGUUGUUGAGGGGGGGUCUAGACUCUCACAAGUUGCUUUUCCACAGCAUCAGGUGGCAAGAGGGGGCAGAAAACUACCCCCUGUAAACUUUACUAAAUAAACUUAAGAUCAAAACCAUUGUCACUUAAUUGAAAAAAAUUGAAACCACUGAAGAUCAAAAUGUAUUUGACAUGUGUGCUCAUUAAAAUUAAUGUUUCACCAUUCAUCACAUCGGUGAACUUUAUCAUCUAAUAUUUCAACCAAAGAAUAUUACUACAAUGAUAUUUCGCAAAAGAACCACGCACUGAUUAAUGCACAAAUGUUAAUUAUAGUAGUUUACAAUACUUUUUUCCACAAUCUCUCUUAAUCCUGAUGUAAUUAUUACUUCACAUUCCCCCUUAUGCUAAUGGAAAGUAGUCUUAACAUCCUCCCUUGUGAUCAUAGUAAUUUACCAUAAACAUUGCACAAUCCCCUAAGACUUAGUGUUAUGAAUAAGGGCUUGGAGACAGAGAAGCAAGGCUGGAGUCCUAUUUACUCAAUGGUACUUUCCCCUCCCCCCACCUCUCCUAAUUUCUUUAUUCAAGGAAGACAAUAAUAAAAAAUGUCAAACAAAGGUGCAUCCUUGCAGGACUUCAGUACUACACAAUAGUUUCAUUUAAACUGAUCUAGUGACAUAAUAAAGGUAAAGGGACCCCUGACCAUUAGGUCCAGUCGCGGACGACUCUGGGGUUGCAGCACUCAUCUUGCUUUAUUGGCCAAGGGAGCUGACAUACAGCUUCCGGAUCAUGAGGCCAGCAUGACUAAGCCGCUUCUGGCGAACCAGAACAGUGCACGAAAACACCGUUUACCUUCCUGCCACAGUGGUACCUAUUUAUCUACUUGCACUUUGACGUGCUUUCGAACUGCUAGGUUGGCAGGAGCAGGGACCGAACAACGGGAGCUCACCCCGUCGUGGGGAUUCGAACCGCUGACCUUCUGAUCUGCAAGUCCUAGGCUUUGUGGUUUAACCCACAGCGCCACCCGCAUCCCUUAGUGACAUACUACUCACCCUUUAACUAUGCCUUUCCAACCCAUUGUUUACUUAGUUUCUUACUGUGGUCCUCUCCUCUUUUUAUAAUGAUGUUAUGCAUAACUGUUCCAACAGUAGUCAAACUUGUUUAAAUAUGUGUGUUGUUUUCUUCACUCUCCUGUAUCCAUUGAAGAGUGAAAAGCCAUACCUCAGUAGUAGAGCAUCUGCUUUACAUGCAGAAGAUCCUGGGUUAAUUCCCCAGCAUCUACAGCAGGCAUGACCAAACUUAGCCCUCCAGAUGUUUUGGGAGUACAAUUCCCAUCAUCCCUGACCACUGGUCCCAUUAGCUAGGGAUGAUGGGAGUUUUAGUCCCAAAACAUCUGGAGGGCCAAGUUUGGCCAUGCCUGAUCUACAGGUAGGGCUGGCAGAGAUUCCCUGUCUGAAAUCCUGGAGAGCUGCUGCCAGUCAGAGUAGACAAUACUGAGAUGGAUGGACCAAUAGUUUGGAUAAUAAUAAUAAAAUAAUAAUAAUAAUUUAUUUAUACCCUGCCCAUCUGGCUGGGUUUCCCUAGCCACUCUGGGCGGCUCACAACAGAAUAUUAGAAACACAAUAAAACAUCAAACAUUAAAAACUUCCCUAAAUAGGGCUGCCUUCAGAUGUCUUUUAAAAGUCAGAUAGUUUUUUAUUUCCUUGACAUCUGAUGGGAGAGUGUUCCACAGGGUGGGUGCCACUACCGAGAAGGCCCUCUGCCUGGUUCCCUGGAACCUCACUUCUCACAGUGAGGGAACCACCAGAAGGCCCUCGGAGCUGGACCUCAGUGUCUGGGCUGAACGAUGGGGGUGGAUACGCUCCUUCAGGUAUACUGGGUCAAGGCCGUUUAGGGCUUUGAAGCUCAGCACCAACACUUUGAAUUGAAAUUUAAGAUUAUAUUUCGAUGUCCCUAUGUAUUCUGCUAAAGAAGGAGGCUGAUAUAGCUUCUUUUCAAAGCUGGUUAAUAACAAUUAUUCCCCCUGCAGAAUACAUGUUUUUACAUUCAACUUCCAUUGAUGUUGAAUUUAAGCAAAUACUAUGUCACUCAUGACAUUUUUCAUAUGAGUUAGAAAUUGUUAGUCAACUUCACAGAGAACCAGAAGAGUUUUGUUUUCCCUUUUGGCUGUAGAUUUGCUUGAAACUGAUGCUAAGAUUAUGCCUUGCAUGUCAGGAUGUAAUUCUGUUGCAAAACUCCAGUGACAUUAACAAAGCAUAAGUGUGUGUGGUCAAUGCACAUAUUCAGGAAAUUUCUGGCUCAGUGGUUCUAUACGCUAUAGUGUUGGGCUAGCCUACCUUCCCUGAGGAAAAACACAUUACCGUAAUGUCAAAUCAGUCUUGCAUGUAGUAGUUGGCUGAAUCCAUAAGCAUAGUUUGAUCCUGCCGUUUAAGCAGCUGUUCCUGUCACCUUAUCAAGAGUUAUUAGUAACAAACACAGAUUUACUAGGAGCUAGUCUCAUAGCCUUUGAGUUCCUAUUUCAUUUAAGCAACAUAUUUUCAUGAUGGCCAGGUCGGUUAGAAACAUAUGCAUGUAGUUCUUCCCUGUUUACUUUCAAUCAAAAACUAAUAAUAAUAACAGUAAGCACAACAGAAACAACACAAAUACCUCUGCGUAUUAGUUUAAUAUAAUACAAAAUUGGAGUGAUCUUAUUUUAGAAGGGAACAGGGCCUUGGUUCAUUUUUAAGAAUUCUGAGGAAGGCAGAUGUGCCACAGGUACAACUUCUUCUAGCAGGGAUUGAGCAAAGAGCAGCUGUUGAUUGUCGCAGCUUGAGGGCUGUUCUAGGGAAUGGUGCCCUGUGGUUGCCCUAAAAUUGACCUUUUCUAUUUCUGUAGCCUUGCCACUUACAUACAUUUUCAUACAAAUUUGAAAGCAUACAUAUGACUUAGUUGCGUAGAAUUUUCUUUUCACAAAACGUUAUACUUUUUACCCCCUUGAUACAGAUAAUGUUGAUCAUGGAAACAUGUAUCAACUUUAAUUAGAAAUCCUGGCAUUUGAAAUUAGUUUCUUGCAUUGCAUUUAAAUGAAGGGUUGAAAUCGAAGCACCAACAGUGUUUUACAAACCACCAGGGCCGUCUUUACCCGGGGGUCCAAGGGGUGCAGGGCAGCCGGGCGCCGAAUUCUGGGGGGCACCAAAUGUAUACCUACUGUAUACAUUUUCCUCUCAAUCGGCGGCAGUGAAAAGCAAUGGAGCGAAAGUCCCCACCCCCCUCCUCCGUCACGUCAAAUAUUCCCAACGAGUCAGGAAACAAAAGCAUUUUUUUCUGCUGCAUCGUUGUUACAGUGAGCGAUUCCCCCCAAAAAAAGCUAAACAACUUUGAGUUCGCCCCCCCUAAAAGAAGGUCAACAACUUUGGCUUCCCCCCUCCCCGAAAAAGCUCAAUAAAAAUUAAUUUGGGGGCAGCUAAACUAAAUUUGGGGGCGCUGGGCGGAUCUUUACACCCCGGUGGCACAUAUGCUAAAGAUGGCCCUGCAAACCUCAAACCCAAAUAGCGUUACGUGGGGUCAUAUCCAACACUGCAAAUCAAGAUUUGUAAAAUUGUAGUUCAGCAGUUUCAAAUUUAGGAAAUUUGGUAAGUGUGGGCCAAUAUUUCUUUCAGGUUCAACUCUACAAAAUAGUAAUGAUUAUUUCAUUCUUUUCCUGUGAUUUCGUAAGAGAUUCCUGCAUUAAGUACAAUACAUUAAGGUAAUAUAGCUAACAUAGGCAUUUUUGUCUCUGAUCCUUAGAACAGAAGGGGGUGUUUCAAAAGGUGCAACUGUGGGAGUUCUUCUGGACCUCAACAAGCACACCCUGACCUUUUACAUAAAUGGGCAACAGCAGGGACCUCCAGCAUUUGAAAAUGUGGAGGGUGUCUUCAUGCCUGCAUUAAGCCUCAACCGAAACGUGCAGGUAAACUUAAUUUUCCCACAUUUAUUUAUUUGCUUUGGUAUCCCACCUUUCCUCAGAGGAGCUCCUAGUAGCAUACAUAGUUCGUCCCCUCCUCAUUUUAUCCCUAUAACAAUUCUUUGAGGUGGGUUAGGCCAAGAGAUGGUGACUGGCCCACCAUCACCCAGUCAGCUUCAUGGCUGGGUGGAGAUUUGAGUCCUGGUCUCCCAAGUUCUGCUCUCACUCCACACCAUGUACAUUUCAUGUACAUUGCCAAUCUUUCUGUAUAAGAUGGAGCCAUUUCAAACUCUGGUCAUUUUUCUGUAGGGAUUCAAUUGCUUACUGACACAUUCAAUUGCAAAUAGACAAACUUACGGUAGGUUGUACAAUUAAAGCAGAUUUGAUCCUUUUCUUCAACAAACCUGCCCCUUUCAUAUAACUUCCCCACAAACUUUGUGCAAACAAAUCAGGAUGAAAGCUAUAAAACAAAACAAAACCAGGUUGUCUGGGAGUAACCAGAAUCAAAAUCAGAGAAUGGGUGGUACAAUUUCCUUUAUCCAAAUAGCCCAGUCAAGUAGUACAGUAUGAUUUGUUGGUGGACUGGCACAAACUGUAUGAAAGUCAGAAGUUUUGGAUGAAGAAAAUCUAACUAGUUAAAGGAAACACAGUCGUGUGUUGGUUCUCGAAUGCCUUGGUAUGUGUACGUUUUGGCUCCCAAACGCCGAAAACACAGAAGUAAGUGUUCCGUUUUUUAAACGUUCUUGGAAGCCAAACGUCCGAUGCGGCUUCCACGGCUUCCGAUUGAAUGCAGGAAGCUCCUGCAGCAAAUUGGAAGCCGUGCCUUGGUUUUUGAACAGUUCCGGGAGUCAAACAGACUCCCGGAAUGGAUUAAGUUUGACAACCAAGGUACCACUGUAGAUAAAGGUCUACCAGACACUCUUUAUAUAUCCUGUAUAAAUUCCCCCUUAGCUGAGGUGAUUCUGGGUGUGGGCAGGGCAGGCAGUCAUUUGGGCUGCAUUCACACAAGCAGUGUAUUCUGUUUCUCUGACACUUCCCUAACUUCUAAUUUCCACACUAUAUUUAAGCUUUCACAUGAUAUAAAACAGGGGUCAGCAACCUAAGGCCCAUGGGCCACAAGCAGCCCAAGGGGGUAGUUUAACCUACCCCCGAACCGAGCCGCCCGCUCGGCGAGUCCCCGCGCGCAAUCCGGCCCACAGAGGGAUCUCCACUGGAGUGAACCGGCCCAGGCAAGGUAAACCUUGCCGACCCCUGAUAUAAAAGACUCUUCCAGAAAUCUAGUGGGAUAUAGUGAGAGUUUAGCACUCAAUUCCACGUUAAUUGCUUCCAGAAAAAAAUCUGCUUGCAACCCCAUUAACUCAGGAGUAAAGUGAAAUGUGGGGCUGUAUACCUGCAUACAGAUCUUUCCUGCCAUUUUCAUGGGUGAAUCAUGGGGGAACAGAAGCAUGCAUGUGCAGAAAGGGUGAGGGAGUGGCAAUGUUGUCCAAUAACGUUCAUUGUUGUGUCAGGAAAGAGAUGAGAGGAGGUAACUCCUAGCGACCUCUCACAGAACCCUGGGUUUCCACGGAACCCCAGUUGAGAAAGUCUGCUUUAGACUAACUUCUGACCCACACAGCAUUUCAGGCCUGAGGCUAAGGAGCUUCUCUAGUCUGGCAAGGUUAUGGAGUUUCUCCACACAAUGCAUGGAGACUCCAUAGCUAACUAAGGCUGUGAAAGUAUUCCACAAAAUGUUUCUACUUAGCAAUUGCCUGGAACAGCAGUAGUCAGUGUGGUGCUCUUCACAUAUAACAGGCUAACAACUGCCAUCUUCCCUGACCAUCGACUGUGCUGUCUGGAGCUGAUGGGAUUUGGGAGUCCAACCAUUAUGUUGGCUCCCCUUGUCUACUUGUGAGGGGGAGGGAGGGAGUUCUAAUUUGUCAAAAGGGCAACUUCAAGUGGUCAGAACUGUCUUUUUAAACUGAUGAGAAGCCCUUCCACGUCGACUAGUUCCUAUGCUAUCAAACUCAUGGUAUAGUUGAAGGUUUCCUGCUUCAUCUUCAAGUUUUCAGUCUUCUUUCGUUUUUGUCUCCUCGCAGGUGACUCUGCACACAGGACUCGAGGUACCUCAGACUGUCAGACCACCAAAGCUGCCGAGCAACUGAGCUCCUCUUACGUAAAUCUGAGCUGGAUUUUAUAAUCUUUCUAAAUAGAUUUUGGCAUAAAUAUAUACGAAGCAUUCGUCAUUUAGAUCAAAAUCAGAAUUGGUUAUUAGACUUAAGUAACCUAACACUGUUUUUUGUCUACAUGCAUUUCAAAAUGUUACAGCCUUCUGAGAGUGCUUGCAUCACCAAAUUUCCUGUGCAUUAGCAGUGCGUGAAACCUGAUUGGUCUGCCCAUCUAAAGUCAAUCACAUAAGUGGAUUUUUUUAAUAUCAAAAAAUGCCUCAUUUUCCUUUUCAUCCAUUUUUCCUUUAGCCACUCAAGUGGCACAUGCCAGAGAAAGUGAAAAGUACUUUAUCACCAUUGAUUAGACUGGGAUUAAAUUCAUUGUUGUUAUCGUUUUCCAUUCCGGUCUCUGAAUGUGGAUGAUAACAGUCCAAAUACUGUAGGUACUGUUUGGAUAUAAAGGACCCAGUCCCACUGGUGGGAUUUGGACUAAGUGACCUCUGAGGCAUCCUCCAGAUUUGGGCAUGAUGAAACAGGAAUGAAAUUGUUUGUGAUCCCACUGAGGUCAGUAGCAUAAUUCUCAGUGAUUCCACUGUGAGCAAGGACUUACCAUUUUUAAAGCAAUAUAUGCUGCAGGCCUCAAACUGAUUGCUGCAGAAUAAUGCUACCAGACCUCUGCACUGGUGUAGCUGCUUGCAGCACUUGACUGAAGCUCAUGCAGCACUAAUGUAACUUCAUGAUUUGUGACUUUGUGGUUGAGAAUAUAAUCAAAUGAUUUGCAAACAAAGCAGAUCUCUGGAAGAGAUUCACUCAUUAAAACACAGAUAAGAACAUGUGGGGCAACAAAGCAGAGUUCCCAUAUCUACUCAGUAAAAUAAUAAUAAAUCUUUAACAUCUUUAUGUGAUUUUAGAUCCUCUUCUUUUACCUAUGUCCCCCACUCCACCUUUCUAGUCAAUAUUCUAUUAUUCAACAGGACUUAAUUAACAAAACCACUAAACCAUAUACCAUUCAUAUCCUCCUUCUUCCAGUCUAGCAAAAUGGACUUUGCUUAACUUAUCACUCAUACAUAUUCUUCCACAAGUAUUUGUUGGAUUGCAGUUAAGCCCUUUUUGAAGUUGUUUCAUGGCUAUCUGAGAUGCCAGCUGAGUCAAUCUCUCAGCACGUAGCAACAACUUCGUUUUUAGGGCCAAACUAGAUGUGACAUUAACUGUGUCUGUGCAUUUAGCACACUUAAAAAAUAAUAAAAUUAGCUGAUGUGGUGCUAUUCAUUGGCAGCCAGGGUGGGUGGGUUGCUCCCAGCUCAAAGAGCAGCUUCAAAGGAAUGAUUUUAGGAAGGAUGCAUCUCUCCACCCUGCUUCUGUGAUCCCAGUAGUUACCUAUCCCUGAUGUACUUUAAAUGCAAAUAUGUAUUUAGUAUGAGGUCUAGUGGCCAGGUUCAGACAUUUUUUCUUGGCUUCAUAAACCAUGGUCAAAGUGGACUACUCCUUCUUUCUUUACCCCUCCUCUCCUUAUGCCAGCUUCAGCACUUAAUUAUUGGUUUGACAUUAAGCCAGAGUUCCCCAUUACUGUACGUCUGAACCAGGGAAAUCUCGGUUAAUCACAAUUAAUUAACUAGGAUACUAAACCUGGUUAGUUAAUGAGAUUAAGGCUGGAUCUAGACACAUCAAAAAACUGUUUCUGGAAAAUGUGUUGUAAAGCUCAUAAUGGGAAAUCACAUUGCCAAAGAAUCGAACUCUACAGCAUCAUAUGGUGUCUCAGUGUUAUAACACAUUUAUAUUGCUUUUUUUCCUUUUUCCUUUUUUUUUUUUACUUAUGUAGCUGAGUCCUAAGUCACAGUUCCUCUGAUCAGACAUAAUAGAGGACUCUGGUUUAAUACCAAGCCAGGAACUAAGUACUGAAGGCAGUUUUCAAGAGGUGGAGGAAGGAGCACUCAGUCCUUGUUCCAUGUUUCAUGUACCAUGAUCUAUGAUGCAAGGAAAUAUUGUUCAAAUCCUGCCAUAGGGUAGCAAAUGUUCCAGUCUGUGAUGAGAUGGUUAGUAUUAUCAACAUCAUGCAGCCAUUACUUUAGUCUGGAUGAAGAUGAGGCCUUGCUCAAUCAAGUUCUUACAUAACUUCACCAUAUGUUCUUUCAGAGUAUUAUUUUACCAAUUAUUUACCUUUCUAAUGAUGCUAUCACUCUUUGUACAUUUAGAUGUGCAUCUAGGCUAAUACACAUGCUCUCCUCCUGUUAAAAAGCAACACAUGCCAACAGAAGUCCCAGGUGAUGCAGGUGUUGUUGCAGGAGUUGGGGAGGAAUGCUGAAAUGGUCUUCCACAGAAAGAGCCAGGUAAAACUCUAGCGUAGAACAGGGGUGGGGAAACUGUAACCUUCUAAAUGCUGUUGGACUCCAACUCCCAUUAGCCUUAGCUACUAUGGCCAAUGGUCAGGGAUGAUGGGAGAUGUAGUUGAGCAAUAUAUGAUGAACUACCCCUUCCCCACCUCUUACCUAAAACCAUCUCCCUGAUAUGCUAGUUUUAUAUGCAUGGGGAAUAUGUUUUGCCGGGAAGCAGGAAAGACACCCAGUCCCUGACCGGCAGUCUGAAAUUAAGGACACCAGAAAUGGAUAUAUCACAAGAACAUUCUGCUCAUCUGCUAUAACACUGAUAUAAUUAUGUGCCCUUAGUUAAUACAGUUGUACCUUGGAAAUUGAACAGCUCAGUUCCCUAAUGUUUUGGCUGCCCAAUGUUGCAAACCUGUUCUGCUUUGUGAACUAAUUUUGGAAGUUGAAUGUCCGACAGGGCUUCCACAGCUUCCGAGAAGUCCAGAAGCCGCGCUUUGGUUUUUGAAUGUUUUGGAAGUCGAAAGGACUUCUGGAAUGGAUUCCAUUCGACUUCCAAGGUACGACUGUAUAAGAAUUUUAUACAUUCCAAAUCCAGCUUUCUGCCUUGAAUAACACCUCAGAUAUGGGACAUACUGAUAUGUAGCAUGUGGUUUAUUUGUUUUUUGUUUUUUUUAAAAAGAAAACCUUGGCUAGUUCAGAUGUUAAAUUGGGCCAGGAGUCAUCCCAGCAUCUGCAUCUGCAGUAUGUGAGUCCAUGGGUAUAAUAAUUAGCAAAACACAUUAUCUCCAGCAUACAUUUCUGAACAUCAGAGAUAAUGGGAGUUGCCUAUGACAUUCUAGCUCAUACAUUGCAUUGUAAAAAUACAUUGCUGUGACACUUCUGCUGAAAUCAAAUGUGGCCCUGAAAAUCAGCACCUCAGAACCAUGGAGACUAGGCAUGCCAUUGCAUGCAGACAUUUACUGUUCAGAACAUCAUGGUAGGCAUCCUCCACUCAUCGUACAUGUGGAGUUCUAGUCAUUAUUUAUUAUUCAUACAGGUAUAUUACAUGGAAAUCUGUGGUGCACAGGGGUGUGCAUUUGACAUGGAAACUGAAUUUAAUGCAUCAACUGAAUUUGUGAUUAUCAUGCUUAUACUGCUGCAAGGAUUCAGUGAUUGGGCUUCACACAAUUCCUAGAACUACUACACAACAGCAUCUCAUGUGCAUUGAUCCAAAUGCAUCCCUAUCAUAGUUUCUGUGAUUCGAUGUGGAACUUCAUACGCACCUCAAAUGAGCUUUCCAUGCAUGUAUGCAGAGAGUACUAUAACAGUGGAGAGUUAUUGGGGAAGGAUUAAGAAGUGGGAGAAUUAGGAAUCUCAUGGUGAAGAAAUGGAGGGAACCGCCAGUUAAACAUCUCCAUGCAAUUCCAACUUUUUCUUUCAAUCCCUGUUUCCUCCAGUCUUGCAAGUAGCAAACAGACACUAAGACUGCCAAGGAAAGAAUACCAGUGGGUUGGACAGAAAGGUUCCCUUUCUCUGACAGAAUGGUCUGGAAAGAGUCCUUCCACUGAUGGGGGGGAAACUCAUUCCAUUACAGCAAGUUAUUUCCAUUGGAGGAAGGAAGCAUUUGGAUCCAACCAACCCCGUGAAAAUGUGUAAUUUCCCCUCUUAAGCCUGCAAGCAAAGGUGCUUUCUGUUAAGAUGUAGCUCUUUUUAUUAUGCUACUUUAAUUUUAAGAUACUUCUAUAUGACUGUGAUAUAUUGACAGUAGCGACAAAUGCUGUUCUAUUUAUUGAAUUUCUUGUUUAAAAGUUAUCAAAGGGUUCAGCAUCAAGCCUACCUCACCUAACAUCUUAUGGACCCUGCUCACUGUGACCUAAGCCUUGUCUGAAUUUAGAACUUGUACAGAUAGUAAUGACUUAUUAUACAGUACUUCUUUGGAAAUACAUCAUACGGCCAUGAUUCCUAAAUGGCUGGGCAGCCAUUUUGCUCCUGUGAAUCACAACAGCUUUAUGGGCCAGAGGUGAGCGUUGGGAAUAAGGUGAUGCAAAAGACUAAGAGGGUUCUGUUUCUGAUCCAGCCUAAAGCCAACAGAUAGGCCCAAGAAACCCAGUAAUCCCAUUGGUAUUAGUCCCAUUUGGUAAAAUAUUUCGGAAUCACAGUUGAAUGUUAGUGCCACAUUUCAGUAAUAUAUUCCUUGUUAUACAACCUUGAUACCGAGAACACUGGGCUUUUCUUAUUAGCAGUAAAGCAGCACUGCUUGUUAGUGUUAGAUUGAGCUUCUAUCUUCACUUUCAAUGAUCCCUUGCAAUUUAAAUUCUUGCAAUCCAAUUUUUAAAGGGAUUUGAAAUAAUUUUUAUACACCUGUUGCAGAGUUCUUUUUUUAUAAUUUCUCUCUGUGUAUAUAUAGAUAUGGCACCAUAAAUUGGUGUGGUGCACUUGCACUAGACUUUUCUUGUAGAUUGUGACUAAAAAAAAAGGUGUACCACAAGCUUAGAAGACUGAAGGCAAUGCAUGCAAUUGGAAGGGGGAUUCUUCCUUGCUGUGGAGAAGUGAAUAAUCCUCUCCAUUUCUGUUCUUUCUCGGAUUCUAAGGGAAGAAUAAACUAGACAGAAUCUCCACCUCCCUUUUAUCAAAACUAAGGGCCAUUUCAUAGGAAUGAGUUUGCAGCUUUUGCAUUUUUAGGUGUACACUUUAAAUAUCUCUGGUGCAUACAAAAAGCAUGUAACAUAGGAACAUGUUAAAAAUAUGUUAGGCUGGAUUCACCUAAGAAGCACUGUCAGCGGAAGCCACGUGCAAGGACUUCUGCUUGCACAACUGGGCUUCCCUCAGUUCCCAGCUAUGCAGCUGUGGGAACAAGAACAACAGGAGGACGAAAAAAGGCAAUGAUAAAUCAUAUAAGCUAGAAUGAAUUGCAACAGAGGGUCCCUGCAGGAAAACAUACACUAAUAACCCAGCUCAGCUAUCUGAUUAUUAGUAUGCAAGCAUGGACUACGCAAUUUGUGCAUUUACACUAAAGGAAAAUGCUGUUGCUGACUUUUAUUCAUAUAAUUAUUUCAGACAACUGCUACAAAGCUUUUGCUACUGGCUACAGUAUUUUUUCCCAAAAAUUAGCAACCCUGCUUUAUGACAUUGCGGACCCACCAUUAGCUUCCCGCUUCUCUAGCUGUUUCUUUUUAUGUAAUAACUUUGAAUCUUUGAAGGAGUGGCCCCCCAAAUUUUCCUCCACCCCCUUUGAAGACCUCAACUGAUGAAUCCACAUUACUCAGUUGUCUUUAUCAAUUGUGGGGGUCAGGAGGAAGAGAGAGAGAUGUUUCAGGAAUGAUGAAAAGCCUUUUACUUACUGUGCAGUGUAGAGAACUAUCCAUUGUCAUUCUUCCGCCUUCAUAACUUUCCCUGACAAAACGGCCCCAUUUUAUACUGCUGCAAUUACAGUAAUUAGAAGAAAAAAUGAUAUGCAGUUGCUCAAUGGUUUCCUUCCUACUGACAGAUUUUUAAAAUAGAAAACCCUACUUUUGCUGAUUUCAUUCUAUACGUCAUUCAUUCCAUCUCCCCGCCUUGCGGGAAACUCUUUUCUCUUUAGGAAAAAGAAAUCUUUGUCUGAAGGGACAUAGCUCAGUGGUAGAGCAUCUGCUUUGCAUGCAGAAGGUCCCAGAUUCAAAUUCUGGCAUCUCCAGGUAGGGCUGGGGAUAAUUCCCCAUCUCCCCUGGAAAGUCACUGUCACUUGGUGUAGACAAUACUGAGCUGGAGAAUGGACUCAGUUUAAGGCAGCUUCCCAUGUACUGCAGAAAGGACAGUGGUGUUUACUCAGAAGUAAGUUCCAUUGAGUUCAGUGGGGCUUCUUCCAGGUAAGAGGGUAGAGUUACCGCCUGAGUUGACCUAUUCAGGUCCGACUUGCAAAUUGGAUUUUUUCAGAUUUAGAAGGCAGGCCAGAGAGCAUGUCCCUCCUGAGUCCUGACUGUAUUAAUGAAAGAACAAAGUAUAAAGAGAAAGGCCACAGUUCGACAGUUUACCUAAAGCCACCAUGGGCUUAAAAGUGUCUAAUUUACCUUGGAUUAUAGCCAAAAUAUAUUGGACUGAGGGGAGGGGGGAAGGUGAAAUAAGCUAUAUCAGAGUUUUAAGAGGAGAUAUUAAUAUGUAAUGUAAUGUAUUAUGUAUACAUACCAAUCCAUCUUAGUGUAUAUAAUGCAUUGUAAUGUACCGGCGUAGUCAGUUAUUGAUUCGUGGUCACAUUCCAUUGUAGUGCUGUAGAUUUUUUUAAAGACUUGUUCCGCAAAACGAAAAGGGGGUGGGGGGAAACACACUUGGUUUCCAAGUUUUUUAGGUGUUUUAGAGAAAGACAAAGUGUGUUGUUUUGACUUUUAUCCUCCUCUUUUAAUAUGGACAAUAAGUUGUAAGAGAUUAUGGCUCCGCCACCCACCACAAUGCAAGGCACUGCAGUUUGCUAUCCGGUGCAAUCCAUAUUCUAGAUGUACACAACGCCAGCUCUGAUUUGCCUGCAGCUUGAGUCUGAUCCGUACAUCUACCAGAUCGGCAAUCCUCUCUGUGCGGUGGAGGAGGAACUGAAAUAUGUCUCGCUCCUCCACCACAUUCAGAGCAUAAUAUAUGAGGUAGGUGUUCCAGACUGAGUCACAUGUGCAUGGAAGCCUGUUUCACACCCACCCACCCACACCUCUUUUUUAGGUGGCUGAAAUCACAAAACUUGAGCCUCCACAAGGCUGGAGGGAUUCUUAGGUUAUGGGUGUGUUUCAGGGGAGAGGUGUACAUUGAAACUGGGGACCACACUAUAUAUUGCAUGAAUGUAAUCAGUGUGUACGUUGUUUGUUGUGCAACUAGCAGCCCAGGGAGGGCUGGGAAGCCUGUGUAGCCUUGGGUUCACGUGAGGUCGGGAGAAGGAGAUUCUCUUUCUCUCCUGUCAUGGUCCUUCCAUAUACAUACAGACAGACAUGGAAACUGAAAUUUGCAACUUAGAGGAGCCCUCCAUUGGUGUACAUGGAAGCUUCCCUUGAAACGCAAGCAGCAGCUUUGGAGAGACAAUGUUUGAUGAACUCUCCCUUCCCAACUCCUGCAAUACUGAAGCUGCUCAGGCUUCCCUGCAGCUGCUAUUUACAUAUUAAUUACAUUCACACAAUGAAUGUCAGCUCUAGCCUGGCCCUUCGACUUCAAGAGGCAGAAAUGCACAAGAAAUCUCAGUUGGAUUCUUCUGUAUUUUUCCCCCUACCCACAGCUUGCAUGCAAGGAUGAUAAGGCAGAGUUAUGGUACAGUUCUGUAAAGUCUAACCCUGGGUUUUGAGCUACCUUUACAGCAUCCUUGAAUAGAAAAAUUGAAACAUUAAUUGUAGGAAGUGCAGUAGAGUGUAGUCAUAAAGUCACCUCGUAACCUCAGUGAGUCCUUCCACAGUUUAAAUUACCAAACCCAAUCAAUACAAGAAUAUAGUGGAGGUGGCUUGUUAUUGCUAAUGUUUAACCUUUCUUUCUUUCUUUCUUUUUUAAUGAGCAGUUACCUAUUUUUAUUGACAAUAUUUAUUUCAGAAUCAAACAGGGCAGCAAAACCAAGCACAAAUUGAUUUAAAAUGAAAUACGCAUAGCCAGGCUUCUCUAGAAUUCCACAAACACCAUGAUAUCUACAUCCUCACACAGUCUAAUUUAAUUAUUUCAGUGGGUUUCUAACCUAGGGCUGGAUAAAUCUACCGCAUUCAGGAGAUUUCUCUAAAAGCAACAACCCCACCCACCCCCCAGUAGUUCCUUUCACACAUCCUGGUCAGGAAAGAGAGUGGCAAUUUGAUGAGAAAUAAAAACCCAACAUGAUCAGACCCAUCAAUCUACAUGUCUGGCUCAAAUUGUUCAUUCCAGCAUUCUAAGUACUCUGGCAGAGAGGCUCUCUGCACAAGGCAAGCCAUCCAUGGGGCAACUGCAUUUCAAGUGUUACCUGCUGCAUAGAGAUCCAAAGAAGGUAAUUUUGUCUCCAUCUGCAUGGAUAACACUUGAAUGAACACUCUCAGCCAGACUGUGGUGUAGUAAUCUAAGGACUAUGGACCAGCUUCCGUUCCAUAUACAGUACUGGACUCCUUUUGGCCGCAGCACAUAUUCGCUGUUGUGGGAAAUUGUGAGUACUUGAAAAUCUGCCCUGCCCUGCGGAGUUGGGGAGAGAAUCUUAUUUUGCAUAUAGCAAGCGGCAACAGAUUUUAAAUGUGACACUAGCUUUAUUUAUUUAAUUUAUACCUUGCCCUGGCUCCCAAAGGAGCCCAGAGUAACAAACACAGCCAUACUUUUCUUUAAAGAAAGGAUUAUAGAACAGUUACAAUCAGAGCUUUAUUUGGGCCGGAAUUCACCAAAACUCAUUUCCGGCACUUCUCAGGUGGGCACCAUUGCCAUUGUAAGAGAACAAGGGAAGUAUUCAUGGUGAGUUCCAGCACCUCUUUUUCUAGAAAAAUAGCACCGGUUAAAACAUUAUAAAAACGGUUACAACUGAAAACAUUGUUUUGUCCAGUGAUACAAGGAGUGCCAGAAACAGUGUUCUUCAGCCUCCAAAUGUCCAGGUAUGCAGGCAUGUUUCCAAAUUGCUCCAGAAAUAAUGCUGGGGACAGAUCUACCCCAAUAGGAAGUGCAUUCCACAUAUGGGGGACCACUACUGAAAAGGCCCUGUUACAUGUCAACACCAAUGAGGAUGGCAUGAUCCCGCUGAUGGCAUGAUCAAGGCUUUGCCUUGUUAUCACUCUCUUUAAUGUUGUCAUGCAAAUGGCUAUGUUCUACCUCCAGUGCUAUCAGUGGUCUGUCUCUGAAUAUCACUUGCUGGGAAUCAGACGUGGGGAUAGUGCUGCUGCACUCAAAUCCUGCUUAUGAACUUCCCACAGGCAUCUGGCCACUGUGAGAACAAGCUGGAGGGAUAGGUGAGCUUUUGGCCUGAUGUAGCAGGGCUCUUCCACUGUCCUUAAACUCUUAUGUAUGAUGACUUCCAUGCUCUUCUGUGAGUGCAGGCAAAGAGACUGUAAUAAACAUGUCAGAAGUGUGAGCUCACUGGAUGCAACAUUUAAUUUCAAAUUGAGAGGUGUUGUAAUAGCUGUUAUAAGAGAUCAGUGACCUUGAAACCAAUCACAUGAUCACUUCCAGAAAGUCUUUGCCCAGGAACUUCAUGUACCUGCGUUAUUGUCAUGCGGAAGGGCUUUUAAACACCAUUGUUGGGAAAAGUCUAUCGAUGUGACACAGAACAUUCUAUUAGAAAUGGCCAAGAGCAUGCAAAGAUUAAAAAUUCUUCCCACAUGGAAGAUUACACUAAUCUUUUAAAAUUGCACAACAGUAAUCAUCACCAUACAUUUACAUUGUCCUUUGAGAGUACUUAUCGUCUUAAGACAAUAAGCUUGUUUACUUGUGAAUUUCCAAAGUGAAACCUCAAACUGGUACGAGCUUUUCUGUCCCCACCCUGUGACACCCACUCUGUUACAGGAAAGAAUGAGAGGAGAUGAUUGGGUGCCCAGAAACACACCAUGUCCCCAAAAGACAAAGUGCAGCCUGGCAUUCUCCUUACUUUCCUUUCACAAUGAACAGAAGGAGAAGGCAGGGAACAUCCAUGCUCCUCAGACUCAUACCAGCUUGAUAUUUCUCCUUGGAGAGUAAUAGUAAAAAGUCCGAAGGCUUGCCAAGAGUUGGCAUUCAAAGCCGAUUCUUUGCCAUUGAUACCUGCAUGACAGAAAAAAGUCAAUAGGUACAGAUAUUUUUCAUUGCUUCCCUCUCACAAGGAAGGGCCAAUCAGCAGAAUUUAUUUUUUGCUAUGCAAUAUUAAAGGACCCAGAACCCCUUCUCAGUUUCAUGGGAGUUGACAACCCUGUGUUAGGUAAAUGCUGUCAAUAAAAAUACCAAGCUGUUAAAAAAUAGUGAAUGGAAGCACAGCCUGAAGACACGGUAUGAUGAAAAUGUUAUAGAAUUAAUGCAUGAGGUAGAACUGCUGUUUUUUCUCAAGUUGUUAUAAAAAAGCAUGGAAGACGUUAAUUUAAAUGUUGGCAAAAACAAUUGGAAAGAAAGUCACAUGUUAUGUUCAUGUUUGCUUAAGUAAAGAAUACAUUUAUUUACUCUUGUUUUCUUCCCUAAUCAUGACCUUUUUGUUUCUGUCGUGUAGCCUAGUUAAUAUCCUUAGAUCUGGUGGAAUGUACAUAUGUCACCAGAUCACGUAAGGGGAAAAAUUUAACUUUUUCUAAUUUUUCUACCUGUAGCAAAGUUUGUAUUUUUUCAAUUGGAAACAAAACAAUUUUUGUCUUAUUGUCUCCAAGUCAAAACUUUUGUGUAUUUGCCCCUUUUGGAAAACAUAAAGUAUGAGUUUAUGCUGUUUUACAAAUUUUAAAUAAAUUCUUAUUACACUGCCAACAAACCCAUUGACACCGUCUCCUUUAUUUUCUGCUAAAAUACAGUUGCAUCCAUGUAAUCUCCCAGCAAGAUUUAGUUAGCAACAAAGCACUGUCAUUGAUGAAGGGUUGUAGCUCAGUGGUGGAGCAGAAUGUCCGCCGUUCUAUUCCCAGGUAGGGUUGGGAGAGACCUGUCUGAAACCCUGGUGAGCAGCUGCCUGUUUAGAGUACCCAAUAAAAUUGUCACAUUGCCCUCACUUGCUGAAACUCUUAAAAAAAAAAUCUAAUAAAAACAACAGCUCUGAUAUUGGAAACUUGACCUCAUUUGUAUCCCAGCGUUUCUUAAAGGGAAGCUGAAAGCAGUAUAUACAGCAAGGGUGGGGAACCUCUUGCAAGACUGAGUGCCACAUUCCCUCAUGGACAACCUUCCAGAUGCCAGAAGUGGAUGGGACCAGGGGGGGAAAUUGGGCUGAGCGACUCUUACCUCUGUUGAACGACACAGAAAGCCAGACGUUUCUACAUCACCCCAUCCAGGUAAACAAGAGGAUUUUUCUUAGCACAGAAUUUGUAUUGGCUGGGCAUUAAGUUUCAAUAACUUCCUCAGUUUCCUUCCCUUGCAAGUGUGAGCCCCUCCUCAGACCAUAGUCCCAGUCUGUCUCAGCCUCUGCACUAUUUUUUCACAGGCAUUUGGUUGGCCACUAUGAGAAGAGGAUGCUGCACUCAAUGGGCCAAUGGCCUGUCUAAACCACUCAGCCCCUUGGGCAUGCUGAUUAGAAGGUCGGUGGUUCGAAUCCCCGCAACCAAGUGAGCUCCUGUUGCUCUGUCUCAGCUCCUGCCAACCUAGCAGUUUGAAAGCACGCCAGUGCAAGUAAAUAGUUACCAUUGUGGCAGGAAGGUAAACAGCGUUUCCGUGCGCUCUGGUUUCCGUCACUGUAUUCCGUUGCACCAAAAGCGGUUUAGUCAUGCUGGCCACAUGACCCAGAAAGCUGUCUGUGGACAAACGCCGGCUCCCUUGGCCAGAAAGCGAGAUGAGCAUUGCAACCCCAUAGUCGCCUUUGACUGGACUUAACCGUCCAGGGGCCUUUACCUUUACCUUACCUUAUGUUCUUUUCGGCUAUUUAUUAAGCAAAGAACACAUUCAGUGGCAAACUAUGCAGGUCCCUUCUAGUUUGGCCCUCAGACUGGCUUCUUUCUAUACCUGUUAUUGUCAGUUUCUGCUAGUGAAUCCACUGGCUUUCUUGAUUUGCUUUUUAAAGGAGUCAGGCCCAUUGUUCAUAGCUCCCCACUACCACUUUUCUCCUCCAUAGGAAAGAGAUGAGGCAUACUUGAGGGGAAAGUCUGAAACAGGACAACCGGGGAAGAGAGGAAAUGUUGGAACCUGGCAGAGUUCCACUGAAAACAGCUGCUUUGCAGACAACUGGAGAAAGGUUGUGGUUUUAUUGUUGGUUGCUGUUGAUCUUGACUUGGAAAGUAAAGCAUAA